AACAAAAUAAUUCACCAUAACUCUGAAAUUGUACAAAAAUAUUUUACACUUUUUAAAAACAAUUUUCCAACAAACGAAACACCUCUAAUUAAACAAAAAAAAAUCUACACUAAAACGUUUAAUGCGGACAUACAGCUACUACUACUACUACAACAACAACAGAGGUCAAUAUAAUCUGUUCAUCCGAUGCCGAUUGUCCAGAUAUGUUAUAUUGCUCACCGAAGGGUCUAUGUUUGGAUCCGUGCCUAACACUAUGUGCACAAUCCAAAAUCUGUAUAGUACGAGCACACAGGGUUAUGACAUGUAUAUGUUCACAAGACUUUAUAGGCACGGCUAGCUAUCAAUGCAUACCUUUGAUAUCUGGCAAACCUAUGGAUAUAACGACUAUACGUCCAAUAACAGAACAGACAACUGACCUGACCGCUACUGACUUAACGACACAAGCAACAACUUUGAAAUAUACUACAGCCGAUAUUACAAAUCAAACGGAAAUGCGUACCAAAUAUACUGAAAUUGUUGCUGAAGUGGAUACAACAAUGUCCUAUGAUAGUACCACUAAAGCUACUACUUUUAAAGAUACUACUCUAGAACCGGAAAUAAGAGGUGGUACAGACAAAUAUGAUACAACAACUUUCAAUAUAAUGGGCAGUACAACAACUGCAAAAGUCAUAGAAACUGGAGAAUUGACAACUGCCAAGGUAUUGUUAGAUAAAACAACUUUGGUUACAGAUGUUGAUGAAACACUAGAAACUUCUACUGUCAGUGAAAUGACGUCGACAUUUUCAACAUCUACUUCAAUUGAGGAAACUACAAUGUCUAUAGAUUUGGUAAAAGAAACUACAGGGGGUAUUGAUUUAGGUAAAGCAACUGAAACUACAUCCAAACCAACUUCUAAAGAAAUAGAGGCAACUACUGAGGGCAUAACAACUUCUACUUUCGACGAUGUUACAGACAAAUUUGAAACUACUACUUCAAAAUUGAUUUCAAUUGAGGAAGCCACAUUAUCUAAGGAUUUGGUAAAACAAACAACAAUAGGAAUUGAUUUGGGAAAAGUAACUGAAACUACAUCCAAAAUAUUACCUAAAGAAGUAGAGGCAACUACUGAGAGCAUAGUGGAAGGAAGUACUAUUCCAAAAACUAUAGAAACAACCACUAAACGUAUAGAAUAUAUGAAAACAACUUCUUCGCUCAGAGAAGUUACUGAAGAAUUUGAAACAACAACUCCAAAAUUGAUUUCAAUUGAGGAGACUACAAUAUCUAAAGAUUUGGUAAAAGAAACAACAAUGAGAGUUGAUUUGACAGAAACUCCUAAAGAAGUUGAGGUAACUUCUGAAGGAAUGGCCGAAGGAACUACUACUGCACCAAAAACUACAACUACAGGUAAAGUUUAUGUUGAAACAUCUACAUAUGAGGGUGAUAAUAGUUCCAUGGAUACAGAAAGUACUGGAGUAGAAACUACAACUUCAAAGGGUGAUAAAAGUACAAUUUAUACAAAAAGUACUGGAGUAGAAACUACAACUUCAAAGGGUGAUAAAAGUACAAUUUAUAUCGAAAGUACUGGAGUAGAAACUACAACUUCAAAGUUAUUGAAAAUUGAUACUACACUAGCCACUCCAAAAGAAAUAGAAACCACAACUUUAAAAUUAAGUUUAGAAGAAGAAACCACUAGAAGAAUGGAGUUAGAUGAAUCUACAACAGCAAAAUAUUAUACAACACUUAAAGAUUUUGAAACAACUACUCCCAAAUUAGUUUCAGUAGAGGAAACAACAGAAAGUUUAACACUGGCAACAACAACGAAGUUGGAAGUGGGAGAAACUACCAGCAACGUCACUGAACUAAAAUAUGAUACAACCGUAGCGACUCCCAAAGAUAUAGGGACAACAAUAGAGGUUGAAACGACUACUUCCAAACUAUCGAAAAUUGAUACAACACUGGCCACUCCUAAAGAAAUAGAAACUACAACUCUAAAAUCAAAGUUAGGUGAAGAAACCACAUUGGGAAUAAAUUUGGUAGAAGCAUCUACAUUUAAACCCAUUGAAACUUCAACUGAAGAAAUUGAGACAACUGUAGCAACAUCCAAAGAUAUGGAAAUAGUUACUCCAAAAUUCAUUUCAGUAGAUAAAAUAACAACUCCUGAGAGUUUUGAAACAACUACGUCAAAAUUAGCAAAAAUUGACACCACAAUAGCAACUCCUAAAGUAAUGGAAACAACAACUCUAAAACCAAGUUUGGAAGAACAAACCACAAUGGAUAUGGAAUUGGUAGAAGAAAUCACAUUCAAAUCAAUUGAAAGUACAACCGAAAAAAUUGAGAUUGAAACUACAUCGUCUGAAGACAGAACCGAAGUUGAGACAACAACUUCAAGUCUAUCAGCAAUUGAUACUACUCUUAUGACUCCCAAAGAAAUGAAAACUACAACAUCAAAAUCUGUUAUAGCAGAAGAGAGAACAACAUUUAAACCAAUUGAAAGAAUAACUACUUCCAAAUUAAUUCCAAUAGAAGAAACUACUUUAUCGGAAGGUUUAACAAAAGAUACAACAUUUACCACCACCACUGCUGGUAAAUAUGAUACUACUUCAGAAACAUCUAAAGAAAUGGAUACAACUACAAAGUUAGGUUUAGCUGAUGUUACAACUCCAUCUAAAGACUUGCUAGAAGAAACUACAGUUCAAUCAGUGAAAGAUAUUGAAUCGACUACAGAAACUCAAAUGCCUAAAGAAAUUGGCACAGGUUUAACGGAGGAAACAACAAUGGGUAUAUUAGGAAAAGUAACUACUCUAAAACCUACAGAUUCGACCUUUAUGAGAGAAGAUACCAUGGAAACUACUACGUAUAGAGUUACAGAAGCACCGAUAUCUAAUGAAACAACGGAAGCUGAAACAAUUUCUAUUGCAGAAGCAACGAAACCAACUAUUACAGAUACUUCUGAAAUGGAGAGAGAAACUACGGAAACUUCAGUACCCAAAACUACAUUGUAUAAAGAAUCUGUAGAAACAACUGCUAAGUCAAUUGAAAUCGAAACUAUGGAAACAGUCGAACAGGAAACUACUACCCACAAACUUGCUGAAAUAACCACAGAAAAAUUAAGUUCACCUAAGCUCAUGGAGGAUCAAACAACAAUGGCUAUAGAGUCUGUGGAAACUUCUACAUCUAAAGACAGUGUAACAACUAUGUACUCAAAAGAAGUGGACGAAAGUACAUCAAUUCCAAUCAGCACUCCAACGCGAACUGAAUUGGAUAAAAUGACCACAACUAAAAUACCCGAAGUAGCAACUAUCAUAAGUGGUAUAACAACUGGUGAAGAUUUAGAAGCCACUACUCCAAAAUAUAUUGCUAUGGAAACUACAUCUAAAAUGGAAACGAUAGCGCCAACAGGUGAAGAAUUUGAAACAUCAACAUCAAAAAGUCCCGCAGAAUCAGAAGAAAAUACACGUGAAUAUACUACAACAGAAACAACUGGUGAAGAAGUCUCCCAACCUUCAACUUAUAAAAAAGCAGAGACAACAACAACCAGGUUUACCGAAACUGAUCAAUUUGCAAAAACUACAGUUGGAACAGAAGUAUCGCCGGAUACAACUACCAGUGAUAUGGGAUUAAAAAUACCCGAAAUCGAAAUUAGCACUUCAAAGACAUACGAAGCCAAUGACUUGACUACAAUGAAGGAAGUUGAAAUGGAAACUUUAACAACAACAUUAAAACCUGUUGAAGAAGGAGCUACGAAAAAAACAGUUGAAACGACUCCUGUACAAUUUGAAACCACUUCCUUGAAGCCGUUAGCAAGUGAGACCAUUGAAACAACAACAUUUAAACAAAAAUUGGAUGAAACUACAGAAUUUGGACUAACCACGCCAAAAUUAGAGAAAAGCACUUUGAAAUCUACAACUACGGGUCAAGAUGAAAUAGAAACAACUACAGUGAUGCUAGAAAAACUAACUACCAUUGGUCAAACAGUAGAGGAAACUACAGCAUUUAAGGAAGUGGAGGUCACUACAACUCCUAAGAUGGCAGUAGAAGAAACAACUUAUUUAGCUAAAGAAACAACCACUAGGAAAGGGGAAAUGGAAACAACUACAGCUAAAGGAGUAGUGGAUGAAGAAACUACUAUUGAAGCAGUUUCAAUAACAGAUACCACUUCGAAAGUUACUGAGGUAGUAGAGACAUCAACUUAUAGAGAAACCACAGCUAAAAAUAAGGCUUAUGAAACUACAACAACUACUGAAAAAGGCACAGUUGAAGAGUCAACUACAGCUAAAGGAGAGUACAGCGUAAGCACAACACUUGCUAUAGAAAUAGAAACUACACCGACAUCUAAAGUUAUGGAGCAAUCAACAACAGCUUUUGAUAGAGAAACCACAACUGAAGCAUCAUACACUACUAUAAGUCAGGAUAUAACCGGAAAAGAAAUUGAAAGUACAACUACUAAAAAGGAUUCAGAAAUCCCUAUUUCCGAAACAAUAACACAAAUAGCUAUGACAACUCCGAAUUAUGUCGGAUUUGAAACAGAAAGUACAAGUUUCGAGGAAACUACAACUUUCAAAGAAUUAACAACUGAAAUGGUUAGCAAGGUAAGCGUAACUGGUGAUGAAUUAACUACAACUCCAAAAUCAGCGACUGGCUACGUUUAUGAUAAACAAACUGAAGUAACAACACAAAAAGGUUUAGAAAAAGAUACCACAUUGAAACAUAUAGAAACAACAACAGGUAAAAUAGAAUUUGAAACUUCAACUAGAAGUGAUGAAGAUGUACGCUUUACAACUGCUAAAGAUUUGGAAAUAACAACUACAACACCGGAAGUAAUAUCCAAAGUUACAACUACAGGAAUUAUAUCGCAAACAACAACUACAAGUGAUGAAGAAGGUAGUUUUACAACUGCCAAAGAUUUGGAAAUUACAACUACAACACCGGACAAAAUAUCAAAAGUUACAACUCCAGGAAUUACAUCGGAAACAACUACAAUAAAAUCUUCAGAAAUCACUGCAAUAGAAAUGCCCAAAGAAACAAUCGAAACCACAGAAACUUCUACUGGUGAAGUUGGAAAAGAAUUUGAAACCACAACCCUAGGUAGAACUACAACAGGAAUUGAAGAAGUUGAAACAACAACUUUAAUGGCUGCAGAAAAAGACACUAUUCCAGAGGGUGAAGGAAUAUCGACACCUUCCACUGGGGUUGCAACAAAAAUGGAAGCAGAAGUUACUACUUCUGGUAUGGAAAUUGAAACUACAACUAAAGUUUUUACCGAAGAAACGACUUCAGGUGAAUUUGAAAAAACAACAACAUCAGCAGAAAAACCAACAACAUUAUAUGAAAGUUUACCUGGUGAAAGCACGCCUAAAAUUGAAACUCAAUUUGAAACUUCUACUUUAUAUGAAGAAAAAGGAAUCGAGACAACCAUGCAAGUAAAACAAACAACUGAAAGUUCAGUCAGAGAAACUACUUUUACUACUAAAGAAAGUGGCACCACUUCUGGCGAAACGACAACAACACAAGGAACACCUCCAGGAAUCAUUCAAGAGUAUGGAACCACAACUUCAAAAGACAUCGAAGAAACUACAGCUUUUGAUAAAGGUACUACUGAAAGUUCUUCAAAAGAAACUACUUUGAAAGAUAAAGGCAUUGAAAGUUCAACAAAAACUUUUAUGGAAUCAACAAUUUCCAAGGAAUAUGAAACUACGGAUAAAACUACACUGGGUAUUGAAGUGGGCAUAGACACGUCCACUAAAGAUCUCGCUACAGAAACCACAACUUAUCGAAAGGAAAUUGAAUCCACAACUCAAGAAUUGUCAAAGGAUACAACUACUAUUAGCGGAAUCACAGAUAAGAGCGAAGGCGUUACUUCUUCCCAUAUUGUAAGAAAAAUAACAAUUGCAUAUUAUACACCAAAAACGGAUGUCUUUGAGACUUCAACAACAAUAUUCGGUAAAACAACUGGAAUUCCAUAUGUAACAAGUGGUUUACCUUCUACAUUCCUACCGACCACUGUAAGCCAAGAAAAGAUAACUACUCCGGUGUCAACGCUCGAACCUAAAGAAACUACUGAAAGUUUCACUGUUAGUUCUAAUGUAGAAAUGACAACCAUUGAGCCAAAAUUGUAUGAAACUACUGCUAAGGUUACUAAAUCAACAAUUGUUCCAUUAGACAUAAUCACUAAAUAUUUAGAAACUACAAGUAAAAUGUCAAUGGAUACAACAACUAUGGUACCAGAAAUAACUAUGGAAGCAUCCACAGUAACUGCAGAAUAUCAAACUACUACAGUUGCUUCUAAAGAGUCCAGUACAGCAGAAAAACAGGAAACUAUCGAACAGCAAACUACAGCAGCUACUACCAAAGAAUUUGAAAAGUCUUCUGUUACCACUCAAAAGAUUUCAGACACCACUAAUCAAAUGCUAUCAAGAGAAACUACUACGCAAUCAAUAGAAACUACUACACAAUAUGGUAAAACUACUGGUAUUCCAUAUAUUACAGUUACUUCCAUACCCGCUGUUAUGGCAACCACCACAGAAAAGAUGGUCACAACGGAACCAAAGUCAUCGACAUCUACUGAAACUGCCAUGGAAAUGAAACCUAAAAAACCGGGACCAGCAUAUACCUACUUACCACCAAAAAUACCUUUUGAAUAUUCAACGUUUAAAACAAUUGAUAGAGUAGAUGAUGAAAUUUCUAUAGACGCACAGGUUGAGGAAACAACUACACCAAGAAUUGAAAUUAAAAAGCCAACUGAUAGUACUGAAUCAUCCAAAGUAACUACAGAACAAUCUAGCGAAAUAAAGCCUUAUUCCGAAACAACAACUAAGUCUAUUCAUAAGGAAACCAAUCAGCCUACUACUGUUUCUUAUAGUGAUAGUUCUGUAAAACUUGAUAAAGAAACACCAACCACGCAAUCUAUGUACAUAAAACCUGAAACUAUUGAAACAACCUUAUCUACCUCAAAACCAUAUGAAACGUCAACGUUAACCAUGGAUUCAAGAACCACUACAUCUUAUGAAACCGUGAAAGUUUCUACAGAAAAAUCCUCGGAAUAUGAAACUUCAACGUUACAUAUAGGUAUUACAUCAUCCCUGGGAACUACCUUAAAGUCGAAAGAAUUUGAAACGACAACCGAAAUUGAAAAGGUAACAGAUACAACUGCUAUAUUUUCUAAAAUGACAACAUCCAGUUCCUCAGAAAUCGAAGUUCCUACAACAAUUAAAUUUUUAGCUUCAGAUACAACAGAGACAAAAUCAGCUACUGACUCUGCAUAUGAAACAUCUACAAAACCAUUUACAACUGAAACACCAGCUGAAACAUCGACCAGUAGAAUUUCAACAGAAUUUACUUUUAGACCAACAUAUAUAACUGAAACUACUGACGAACAAAAACAAGAAACCGAAUAUACCACCCUAAAGGUUUAUGAGAUAACUGGAGCUACCACUCCAUCUCCAUCAAAAAUACCAGUUACCACUGCAAAAGAUACAACUAUAACACCUCUUGAUCUAGAAACUACAACUAAAAUUGAUACUUCUGUUAAAACUGCAACUAAAAUCGAUACUUCUGUUAAACCUUCCACCGAAAGUCUUUCUACCGAAUUCACAGAAACUACCUUCAAGCCAACAAUACAAACCGAUACAGUAACCGAAAUUUCGCGUACAACAAAAGUACCAUUAACUGUGGACACAGAAACAUCGACAGAGUCUUCGAAGUUGACAACAACCAUUUAUAAAGACACGGUUCAGACUAAACCACAAAUCCCCGAUGUAACUGAAAUAAUGGAAGCUGAUAUUACAACAAAAUCAGUAAUCUCUACCGAAAGUACGGACUACAAAACUUCUGAAAUAUUAAGUUCAACGGAGCCAAUGGAAACCAAAAUGACCACAAAAACUGUACCAGAGAUUUCUAAAGUUACUGAAAUUACUACUCAAAAAGAGAGAGAACAGACUACAGAAACAACAGUUUCAUAUGAUACCACUCAGUAUACAACAUCAGCAAUUGAAACAACUUCGAAAGUAAUGGAUACCACAACUACUAAUGAAGAAGAACAAACUACCGAUAGAACGAAAGAAAGUGUAACUUUGGAAAGUGAAUUUACAACUAAACCCUCAAAAAUUGUGUUUACUACUCAGAAAGAACAACAAGAAACAGAUUCAUAUGACACAACAUCUGCUAUUAAAACGUCUUCCAAAGUAAUGGAACCCACAACUAAAUCUACUUCAGAAUCUGAAACUCUAAUAACUGCUACACCAGAAUAUACUACAGAAGAUUUGGAAGCUGAAUUAACAACUCAAAGAAUAAAAGAAACUGUAACCAUGGAAUAUGAGUUUACCACAAAACCCUCAGUAGUUGAGUUUACAACUCAGAAAGAAGAAACAACAUUAUCAAUCGAAACUUUUUCCACUAAAUCUACUGAAUCUGAAAUUAGUGCAACUUAUACACCAGAAUAUACUACAGAAUCCGAAAGGACGAAAGAAACUAUAACUAUGGAAGGUGACUUUAAAACGACACCCUCAGAAAUUGAUUUAACUACUCCGAAGGAAGAGCAACAAACAACAGUUUCAUAUGACACAACGUCAGUAAUUGAAACUUCUUCCAAAGUAAUAGACUCCACAACUAAAUCUUUUUCAGAAUCUGAAACUCCAGCAACAGAUACAAAAGAAUAUACUACAAAAUUCUCGGAAGCUGAAUUUACUACUCAAAAAGAAGUAGAACAGACCACAGAAAGGACUAAAGAAACUGUAUCUAUGGAAGGUGAGUUUACAACAAAAUCCUCAGUAGUUGAAUUUAGUACUCAGAAAAAUGAAGAACAAACCACCAAAGAAACAGUUUCAUAUGACACAACACCAGCAAUUGAAACAUCUUCCAAAGUAAUGGACUUCACAACUAAAGCGCCCACAGAUUCCACGGAAACUGAAUUUGCUACUCAAACAGAAGUGGAAAAAACUACUGAAAGGACAAAGGGAAUUGUAACUAUGGAAGAUGGAAUUACGACAAAACUCACAGUAGCUGAGUUUACUACUCAGAAAGAAAUGGACUCCACAACUAAAUCUUCAACAAAAUCUGAAACUCCAGCAACUGCUACACAAGACUAUACUACAGAAUCCUCGUAUGUUGAAUUUACUACUCAAAAAGAAGUAGAGCAAACAACCGAAAGGACGAAAGAAAUUGUAACCAUUGAAGAUGAGUUUACAACGAUACCAUCAGAAAUUGACUUUACUACUCAGAAAAAAGAACAACAAACAACAGUUUCAACAUCAGAAAUUGAAACAUCUGGAGAAAUUGAAACAAUGGAAUUCACAACUAAAUAUACUUCAGAAUCCUUGGAAACUAAAUUUACUACUCAAAAAGAUUUUGAAAAAACCACCGAAAGGACAAAGGAAGUUGUAACUAUGGAAGGUGAAUUUGCGACAAAACCGUCAAUAGUUGAGUUCUCAACUCAGAAAGAUGAAGAAAAAACCACCAAAGAAACAGUUUCAUAUGACACAACAUCAGCAAUGGACUCAACUAAAUAUACUACAGAAUCUAAAACUCUAGCAACUGCUAGAGCGGAAUAUACUACAGAAUCCUCUGAGAAUGAAUUUACUACUCAAAAAGAAUUAGUAAAAUCCACCGAAAUGACAAAGGAGGUUGCAACUAUGGAGACUGAGUUUACAACAAAACCCUCAGUAGUUGAGUCUACUACUCAGAAAUAUGAAGAACAAACUACCAAAGAAACUGUUCCAUAUGACACAACAUCAACAAUCGAACUUUCUUCUAAAGCAACAACAAAAUCUACUGUGAAAUCUGAAACAGAAUCCCCGGAAGGUGAAUUUACUACUCAAAAAGAAGUAGAAAAAACCACCGAAAGGACUGAAGAAGUUGUAACUACAGAAGGUGAAUUUACAAUAAAAUCUUCAGAGUUUACUACUCUGAAAGUUGAGGAACAAACUACACAAGAAACAACGGUAGCAAUCAAAACUUUUUCCAAAGUAAUGGACUCCACAACUAUAUCUACCAAGGAAUCUGAAACUCUAGCAACUGCUGCACCAGAAUAUACUACAGAAUUGAUUGAACAAUCCACCGAAACUACACAAGAAGCGGUAACUAUUGAAAGCGACUUUACAACAAAACCUUCCACUACAAAAUCUAAAACUAUAGCAACUGCAGCACCAGAAUAUAAUACAGAAACCUCGGAAGAUGAAGUUACCACACGAAAAGAAAUAGAACAAACCACCGAAAUUACGAAAGAAACUGUAACUAUGGAGAGCGAGUUUACAACAAAACCCUCUACUUCAGAACCUAAAACUAUUGCCACUGCUACCCCAGAAUUUACUACAGAAUCCUCAAAAACUGAAUUCACUACACAAGAAGAAGUAGAAAAAACCACCGAAAAGACUAAAGAAGAUGGUGAGUUUACAAAAUCCUCAGUAGAGAGCACUGAUUACACGACAUCAGCUAUCAAAACUUCUUCCAAAGCAGUGGAAUCAAUAACUAAAUAUACCUUCGAAACCGAAGCUCCUACAACGGAAGUUGUUAUUGAAACAACAACCGCUUCAGAUAAAAUCACUGAAUUGUACAAUGAAAUUGAGCAAAAAACAACAAUAGUUUUUGGAAAAACUACGGGUAUACCAUACGUAACAACCACACCUUUGACUACCUUAAAGGAGGAAACUACACCGACGACAGAUAUUACCAAAGAUAUUACUGAAAUCGUUUCCUCCAGUGAAAUACCAAGAACAACCGAAACAAUAGUUGAUAAAUAUGAAACAGAAACUCCUUCGGUAAUAGUUACAGGUAAAGAACCAAGAAUUGACUUGACCACUCCACAAAUUAUGGACGUAGAUAAGUAUGAAUCAACUAAAGGUUAUGCUGGAGAAACUUAUUUACCACCAAUAACGGCAACAACUCCAAAAGAAAUUCAAACGACAAUUGGAGAAUUAGUCACAACUAAAAUUCCUAUGGACAGAACCACUACUAUGAAAUCUGAUGGAGAAACAACAAUAUUUGAAGGUAAAGACUUGUAUGAAAUCGAAAAUGUAACAACAUCGUACGAUACAACAAAAUCUGUUAUUACAAGCAGCACAGCCGAAUCUUCAGAAACAACAAUAUCAACCUUAGAAACUCAAACUGACAAGGGUUUAGAAACAAUAACUAAACUAUCAAUUGAAAAACCUUCAACUAGUGUAAUAUCUAUGGAAACAAGUACUGUAUCUAUAGAAAAUUUAGAACAGGGUAAAGAUGUAAUAUUAUCUAGCGAAAUUCCCAAAACAACAAUAUCUGAAUCCAAGAAAAUAACAGAGGAAACUGUAACAGAAACUACACCAAGUUCAUUAUUACCAAAAGAAGCGACAACUAUGGAAUCAACAACAACUGUUUCAACUAUCGGUAAAACUACUCCAACUGUUACAACCAAAAUUGAUAUCACACUGUCCGAAGUUUCUACUCGAAUUCCAUCAAGAGAAAUUGAAACUACCAAGUCUGAUGGCUAUGAAACCACUACACAAACUACUGUUUCUAUAGAAAGUUUAGAACAGGGUAAAGGUGUAACAUUAUCUACCGAAAUUCCCAAAACUACAAUAACCGAACCAAAGGAAAUAACUAAGGAAACUGUAACAGAAACUACACCAAGUCCAUUAUUGCCGAAGGAAACAACAAUUAUGGAAUCAACAAAAUUUGUGCCAACUAUUGGUGAAACUACUCCAGCAGUUACAACCAAAAUAUAUACCACACUGUCCGAUGUUCCUACUGAAAUUCCAUCAACAGAAACUGGAACUACAAAGUCUGAUGAAUAUGAAACCACAAGGCAAGAAACAGAAACUAAAUCGGAAAUAGAAACGUCUACAGUAGAAAUACAACCUGUAACAAUGACAAAGUCUUUUGAAUUUUCUCCAAUAACCGAUAUAGUCGAAGCAACAACGACUACAGGAUUAUAUACUUCAACGGCCGCUACAGAAAUACUAAAAGAAACAACAGAGCUUCCAACUGCAGUUGUAAGUACAGAUAGUAGUCUAUCAGAGGAUACUACAAGUGAAACAUAUACUGUCCAAUAUGAAACUGGUUUUACAGAGAAAACAACACUACGAUAUUUACCAGAAGAAACUACAUUUACAGAAGCCAAAGUUUCCGAUACAACCCCUUCAAAAUACGCAACCGAAAUUGUUGCUCCAACUACUGAAAUUACUACACCAGCUUCUCAAAAGAAAAUAACUGAAAUUUCAGCAGAAGAAACUACAUCUGAGGAAACCGUAACCAUUUCUGGUGUAGAAAAGGGAACGACUGAAAUUUCAACAGAAGAAUCUACUACCACUAUUCUAGAAGAAAGUACCACAAAACCAGUUACCGUCACAGAAAUACCAUCUAUUAUAACUUCAAAUGUAGUAACAGAAACUAUUCCAACAAUUUCUUCAGACGAAAUUACUACUGUUAUGUCCGUGGAAGUAACCACGGAAUCCGGUUUUACUACUACAACAUCUUCCCAAUUUCCUUCUUCAAAGGAAACUACACAAAUACCGAACACAACUGUAGUAACAUUAAAGGAUACUACCGAUUUGGUAACUUCUAAAUUCGAUAGAAAAGAAACCACGGAAAUUCCUUUUAAAGAAACAACCUCAUCGUAUGAAACUGUUACAGAAAUACCAGAAGAAAGAAUUUCAACAAUAAGCGAUUCAUUGAUUCCAACAACAGAAAUUACAACUACUACAUCAGUAAAGGUAAAGGAAACUCCGCAGCCUAAAGAAAAAGUAACAACCGAAAUUCCAACUACAAGUAUUCUUGUAGAGGAGAGUACCUUUAAACCUGUUACAGUUCCGGAAAGUAAAGAUUCUCCCGAAAUAUUAACAACAAUUACUUCUGUUGAAAAAACUACUGCAAUGCCCGAAACUGUUCCAGAAACACCUGUUUCAAUAACAUCAGAGAAAGUAACUGAAAUACCCACAACAACUAUACGUGUCCCUACAUUAGAUCAAACAACACAAUCCCAAAUUCCAAUUACAAUGCUACCAAAGGAAACCACCGAAAGUGUCUCAACAACUAUUCGUCCAUUUGAAAAAACCACUGAGUCUUUCACGGAAACACCAUUCACAGUCAUUGAAACAUCUUCUGAAGCAAUAACCCUAGAAUCAAGCUCAACAAGUCUGCCAUCAAAAGAAACGACUAUUUUUGAAACUACAAAAACUCCAGAGCAAUCUACUUCAUCAGGUAGUACAGACUUGCCGCUAGAAGUAACAACUAGUGAAACAUUUACCUCAAUAACUGAAAUAGAAUCCGAAAUUUCUUCAACAAGUAUGCCAUUGGAAACCUUCCCUACAAAAGAAUCAACUACAGCUAGUUCUGAAGCUGAAACUUCAACACUUCCUGAAAUGAUUACCGAAAUGUCAAGUGAAACUAUUAAAACUACUCCAACAGUACUAGUAACAGAUACACCUACAAAAGAAACCACUGAAAUUCAGAAAGAAACUGAAUUGCCUUCAGUAAGAACAACUAUUGUUGGUGAAUCUUUUACAACAGAACCUGAAAUUGUUUCCGAAUUCCCUGUCACACUAAUGCCCAAUGAAACUACAUCAUCUACUGAAUCAACCCAUUCUGGCGUAGAAAUUGUUACCAGUGUACCAAUUGAUAUGGUGGCAAAAACCGAAGCAAUACCAACAAUUAAAGCAGAAACCGCUCCCGAAACUUCUACCAAAUCUUCCCCUCAAUACAAAGAAUCCACUGAAAUUGUCUCAACCAACGAAGAAACUAUUACUGAAACUAUUAAACAAUUUAAUCUAACAACCUUAGUAACUAAAGAGGUAACUACUUUUAAACCCUAUUACACCACCCCAACUACCUUGGUGUAUCCACAAACAUUUGAACCCAUGAAUUAUACUACUGCGGUUACGCUAACCUCCAACAAAACCGAAGUAUGUUGCAUUACUGACUAUGACUGUGAAGACGACGAGACUUGCAUCGGACGACGUUGUACUAGACCUUGUGACUAUUAUCCGAAUGUAUGUGAAAAAUAUACGCCCACAUUUAAAUACUGUCAUACCCUAAAUCACACAACAAUGUGCUACUGUUCCCAAGCUGAUCUACUGUUCCCAACUACCACCGAUUGUCGUAUAACAGCAGAAAUUGGUUGUGCUUCCAACAAGGAAUGUCCUGCUCAAAAAGCUUGUAUUAAUGCUGUCUGCACAGAUCCUUGCUCAUUGGCCAACCAUUGCGGUCCACAGCAAGAGUGCAAGGUUAUUGAACAUCAACCGGUUUGCUCACGAGUAUGUGAAUGUCAACGUAGAAAAGAUUGUCCAGCAGGUUUUGAAUGUGACGGCUGUCAAUGUCACCAAGAAGGUAUAGGCCGCACACCAGUCUGUGAGCAUUGUGCUCCUGGUUAUCGCUGUGAACCUACGACUGGUGCCUGCAUACGAGAUACAAAAACUACCAUAAACACCACUACCACUACUACUACUCCAAUUCAAACAACAACAUCAAAACCUAAUAUAGUUACCGAUAAGGAUAUAACAACGGUAACAACAACCACUACCAUUAUCACAACCUCCUCUACGUCGAAUACAACCGGACGACCGAUCGCAUCUACACCGAAACCAAAAACUACAAAGAAAGAAGAUGAAGCUGAAGUAACAACAACGGUAACAACGGAAGUAGAGAAAACUACAACUUCUAAAGUCAGUACUACCACUACAGCACCAGAUGUUACAACUGUUACCGAAUCUAUAGAGAGCACUACUCCUGGUAAAAUGGGCUUAACCAAACAUUAUCGUGAUGGUGAAAAUGAUAUAACAGAUGCUACUACCACUACUACACCGUCAACAAAGGUUUCCUCAACUACUCCUGCUACAGGAGAAGAUGUGAAGGGUCCCUUUGAUUAUAGAACUACACCCAAAAUGAAGACCACACGCAUAGAUACUUCGAAUGAAUUGGAUGAAUUUAAUAUAACCACACUUUUGACUACAACACCAAAAUACGACAGCACUACUUUCCCCGUUAUGAUGGUAACAGAUGAUACUGAAGCUAAAGACAAUCUUACCACACCUCCCACUAUGGUAACCGAAAAGUCUACUAUGUUCCCAGUGCUAACACCUGAAUCCACCACACCUACGCAAGAACCGGUAACAAUGGCUGGUACUACAGUUUCCAACUCGCCCGAGAUAAUAGAACCCCUUACUACUACCACUACUAAAGAAACACUAACACCCGAUAUAACCACAUAUAGACCAGCCAUUAUCGUUGAAGGACCCUCUACCAUGCAACCACAAGUAGUAGAAGACUUAACCACUACCAUGUUUCCAGUCCUAACGGGUAUGGUUACCGAAAUGUCUGAAAUUCCAGGCACUACAACAACACUCAGUUCCGUUGAUAUGGUAGUUGAAACAACGACUUCAACAUCGCCCUCACAAAUAGAUAAUAAAACUAAAACCGGUGUCUUGGGCACCACUACCACAAAAUCAAUAAUUACUACUACUACUAUCCCUAGUAUAAGUACUACCACUCCAAGCACAUUGAUCACAGUUAUUAACACUACUUGUACAGUUCAUACUAAUUGUGCCCCCAAUCAAUUAUGUAUUCUGGGCCAGUGUCGUUUUAAGUGUCGUGGUGAUGGAACCAAUGAAAACAAUUGUGUAAAAGAAUCACCAGGUUCACCUAAAAAUCCCGAACCCUGUCAGUCGAAUAAUGAUUGUUUUGAGAGUGAAGCAUGCUACAUGGGUCUGUGUCAAGAUCCCUGUGAAUUUGCUAAUGUUUGUGCUCCUACAGCCAAAUGUGUAGCGAAAAUGCAUCGACCCAUAUGUUCAUGUCCAACUGGACAUGAAGGUAAUCCUACCGUCAAAUGUAUGCCAACCGACAAAUCAAUGGAAUGUACUCAUGAUAGCGAUUGCUCUAUAACGGAAGCUUGCAUUAAUCGUCGUUGCCAACAUCCAUGUGAUGCUCACAAUCCCUGUGCUCAAAAUGCUGUAUGUAUUAAUACCAACCAUGCUGCCGAUUGUAGUUGCAACGAUGGCUAUGAAGGCAACGGUUAUGUGGGUUGCCAACCAGCCUUCGUUCGCACACCGGUGUGUCAAUAUAAUGAGGAUUGUCCACCAAACAAAUUGUGUGAUCGUUUAAAUCGUCGCUGCAUCAAUCCCUGCCAAGAAGAUUCAUGUGGCGAAAAUGCUGAAUGUAUUCCAAGCAAUCAUGGCAUCGACUGUAGAUGUUUGCCCGGUUUUGUUGGUAAUGCUUAUGUGGAAUGUACUGUUCUGCAAGGUUGCCGUUCCGAUUCUGAGUGCGAUUCUAGUCAAGCAUGUAUCAAUGGAAAAUGUUCUUCGCCUUGUAGCUGUGGAGCUUAUGCCUUGUGUGAUGUUGUUAAUCAUCGCGGUAUUUGUAAAUGUCCUCCCGGUUACACUGGUAAUCCAGCUAUCGCCUGUAGUCCACCUACAAAUCCCUGCGAUCCCAAUCCUUGUGGCCUUAAUGCCUUGUGUGAAUUGGACAAUGGUAAUCCAAUUUGUUAUUGUCCUAAGGGUCUUACAGGAAAUCCAUUUAAGAAUUGCAUUCCUGAAGGAGAUGAAUGUACACCAAAUCCAUGUGGUCCCAACUCUGGCUGCCGCAUGGUUUCUAACCAACCCAUCUGCUUCUGUUUACCAGAAUAUGAAGGUCAACCACCAAGCGUUCCUUGCAAAUUGCCCUCAAAUCCUUGUGAACCUUCACCCUGUGGUCCCAAUACACAGUGCACUAUGCUCAGCAAUGGUUUUUCGAAAUGUACCUGCUUGCCUGGUUAUGUCGAAAGUCCCAAUACAAUUAGAGGCUGUAUAGAACCCAUUAACCCCUGUGAUCCUAAUCCUUGCGGUGUGGGUGCAAUUUGUGAUUCAACACGCAAUCCUGUUUGCUUCUGUCCAGACAAUAAGGUCGGCAAUCCAUUCCGAUUGUGUGAGGAGCGUUCAGUUUCCAUAGAACUGUGUAAACCUGGUCCUUGUGGUCGAAAUGCCGAUUGUUAUGUUGCUGGAAAUCGUGAAGAAUGUUAUUGUAAACCAGGUUAUGCCGGAGAUCCAUACCAGGGCUGUCGUGAACCACCAAGAUCUGCCUGUGAACCAAAUCCAUGUGGUCCCAAUGCAGAAUGUGUGAUAGCCGGAGAUGGUCAAAGUGCUUGUGUAUGUCCACAUGGCUUAUCGGGUGAUCCUACAUCGUUAUUGGGUUGUCACGGCUAUGAAUGUCAAGUUGAUGACGAUUGUCCCUUAGACAAGGCCUGUAUGGGCUUUAAGUGUCACGAUCCUUGUCCUGGAGCUUGUGGUCAUGGAGCCAGCUGUCGUGUCCAACAACAUCAUCCCGUAUGUUCUUGUAAUCCUGGACUUACCGGAAACCCUGGAAUUUUCUGUACCGCUAUGGAUGUUCCUAAGAAACCUAAAAAUCCAUGUUUGCCCAGUCCUUGUGGUUUGAAUAGUGAAUGUAAGAUUAUGAAUAAUAGGGCUGUAUGCUCAUGUUUGCCUGAUUAUUUGGGUGAUCCUCAAUCUGGCUGCAGACCUGAGUGUGACAUAAAUUCAGAUUGUGGUUCCAAUCAAGCUUGUGUCAAUCAUAAAUGUGUCGAUCCAUGUGCCGGUACUAUUUGCGGUAUUAAUGCUUUGUGCUCUGUACAACAACAUACUCCAGUAUGUCGCUGUUUGGAUGGAUUUACAGGUGAUGCUUUCCGCCAGUGUAUUGCCAUUGGUGUCUUACGUAACGUCUCUAGAGAUCCUUGCGUUCCCUCACCUUGUGGUCCAUCUGAUGUCUGUUCAGUUUAUGCCGACGGUGUGGCUUUAUGUGAUCCAUGCUUUGGUACCGAUUCUCAAUAUAAUCCACGUUGCAGACCUGAGUGUGUUUCGAAUUCAGAUUGUCCAUUUGAUAAAGCUUGUUUAGGAUCAAAAUGUUUAGAUCCUUGUCCCGGAUCUUGUGGUCAUAAGGCUUCGUGUCAUGUCUACGAACACAAUCCUAUUUGUCAAUGUCCUCCUGGUUUAUACGGCAAUCCCUACGAACAAUGUGUAGUUCCUUUGGCAGAUAAACCAGCGCCUUCACCAAGCUGUGCUAAAUUACAAUGCGGAGCAAAUGCUGAGUGUAAAAAACAAAAUGGACUAUUGACUUGUGUUUGUCGACGUGGCUACUUUGGCAAUCCACUCGUAGCCUGUAGACCAGAAUGUGUUUUGAAUUCAGAUUGUCCUGCAGAUCGAGCCUGUGUUAAUUCUAAAUGCGUUGAUGUUUGCUCAGGAGUUUGCGGUAUCAAUGCUUUGUGUAAAGUGGUUAAUCAUGGCCCUGUCUGUGUUUGCCCCGAUGGAUUUACUGGCGAUGCAUUUAAAUCAUGCUCCAGACAACAACAACCACCACCCAAUCAAUACUUACCCAUACCCAGAAAUCCCUGUGAACCUUCACCAUGCGGCCCCAAUUCGAGAUGUCUCAUUUCAGAUGAAGGUUAUGCCGUCUGUUCUUGUUUGCCGGGCUACAAGGGUUCACCAUCAGUUUGUCAACCCGAAUGUAUAGUAAGUUCUGAAUGUCCCCUGCAACAAGCUUGUAUCAAUCAACGGUGUGCUGAUCCUUGUCCUGGUACCUGUGGUGCAUCAGCCAGAUGUAAAGUAUUAAAUCAUAAUCCAAUUUGCUCUUGUGAUGCCGGUUAUGAAGGAGAUCCAUUCGUAUCAUGUGUACCAGUACAAGAAUCGCCUAAAGAGGUAGAAAGCCGGCCUGGAAAUCCAUGUUUGCCAUCACCUUGUGGACCCAAUUCAAUAUGCCAAGUUAAGCAAGGUAGACCAGUGUGUUCUUGUGUAGCUAACUACAUAGGAAGUCCACCAUACUGCAGACCAGAAUGUACUUUAAACAGCGAGUGUCCUUCGGAUAAGGCUUGUAUUAACGAAAAGUGUGAAAAUCCAUGCGCAAAUACUUGCGGUCACAAUGCCAAAUGUAAUGUAAUUGCACAUGCAGCAUAUUGCAGUUGUGAUGAUGGUUAUGAGGGAGAUGCCUUCGUAGGUUGUUCCAAAGUUGUACAAAAACCUCAAGAUCAUGUAGAUCCUUGUUAUGCCAAUCCUUGUGCCGAAAAUGCUGUCUGCACAGAACGCAAUGGCAUUGCAAGAUGCACUUGCAUUGAACCCUAUAUAGGCGAUCCCUACUCCACCGGCUGUAGACCUGAAUGUGUUUACAAUGGUGAAUGUCCCGCUCAAUUGGCUUGUAUUAAGCAACAUUGUCGUGAUCCUUGUGUAGGAACAUGUGGCAACAAUGCCGAAUGUUCUGUUGUUAAUCAUGUACCAGUCUGCAGUUGUGCCCAAGGCUUCGUUGGUGAUCCAUUUACUGGCUGCAAGAAGGAUAUUCAAAUUAAACCGGUUAGUCCUUGUGAACCUAAUGUUUGUGGACCCUAUAGUAUUUGUCGCGUGGUUGAUGGUCGUCCCACAUGUUCUUGUCAAGUCAAUUACUUCGGAGCUCCUCCCAACUGUCGUCCAGAAUGUGUCGUUAGCUCUGAAUGUAGCCAACAUUUAGCAUGUAUCAAUCAGAAAUGCGCUGAUCCUUGUGCCAAUACCUGUGGUUUUAAUGCUAAAUGUCAAGUUGUAAAUCACAAUCCGAUCUGUUCUUGUCCAGCCGACAUGACUGGAGAUCCUUUCGAACAAUGUGUACCUAAACCCACCGGACCUAGUCGUGAUGUAAAUGCUUGUAUACCAAGCCCCUGUGGACCUAACUCUGAAUGCCGUGAAGUGGAAAAUAGAGCGGCUUGCUCUUGUCUUCCUGGCAUGUUUGGUGCCCCACCAAAUUGCCGUCCAGAAUGUGUCAUACAUCAAGACUGUCCAUCUAAUAGAGCAUGUAUUGCUCAACGUUGUGAAGAUCCUUGUGUGGGAGCUUGUGGUUUCAAUGCGCUCUGUACAUCACAGAAUCAUAGACCCAUAUGCUCUUGUAUUGAAGGACACGAAGGUGAUCCUUAUGCUGGCUGCAGUAUGCGUGCAAUUGUGGUACCAGAUUUGCCUAGCGAUCCUUGCUAUCCCUCACCAUGCGGUUCGAAUGCUGUAUGUAAAGAACGCAAUGGUGCUGGUGCUUGCUCAUGCUUGCCAAACUAUUUCGGCGACCCUUACGUUAAUUGUAGACCCGAAUGUGUACAAAACUCUGAUUGUCCGCGUACAAAAUCGUGUAUGAAUAUGAAAUGUGUCGAUCCGUGUGAGAAUUUGUGUGGUUUCAAUGCUGUUUGUAGAGUGACAAAUCAUCUGCCGGUUUGCUCUUGUCAAUCGGGUUUCACUGGAAACCCAAUGCGAAUUUGUCAUGAGAAACCAUCAAACAUGUAUUUACCAAUACCUAAAGAUCCAUGUCGACCAUCACCUUGUGGUCUUUUUAGUACUUGUCGUGUUCAAGGAAAUCGUCCAGUUUGUUCUUGUUUGCCCGACUAUAUGGGUCAGCCGCCUAAUUGUAAACCAGAAUGUAUUAUAAGCUCUGAAUGUAGUUCGGACAAGGCUUGUAUAAAUCAACGCUGUCAAGAUCCUUGUCCGGGUACAUGUGGCCAUAAUGCCAGAUGUAGGGUAACAAAUCAUUCACCCAUUUGUACUUGUGCUCAGGGAUAUACAGGAGAUCCUUUCCAACAAUGUUUGCCCGAAAGAAAAGAACCAGUUAUACCAAAUGAUCCCAUACCGAAAAACCCCUGCAUUCCUUCACCUUGUGGACCUAACUCUCAGUGCAGGGUGUCCGCUACUGGUGCAGUUUGCUCUUGUUUACGCAACUAUAUUGGACGACCACCAAACUGUCGUCCUGAAUGUUCAAUCAAUUCCGAGUGUUCGUCUCAAAUGGCUUGUGUAAAUAAUCGCUGUGUAGAUCCUUGCAUCGGUUCAUGCGGUAAUAACGCCUUGUGUCAUGUUAGUAAUCAUGCUCCAGUAUGCAUGUGUCAAUCUGGUUUCACAGGAGAUCCCUUCUCGGGCUGUUAUCUUUUAAUACAAAUUCCCGACGAGCCUAUACAACCCUGCUCUCCCAGUCCUUGUGGUUUGAAUGCUUUGUGUGAAGAACGCAAUAGUGCGGCUUCUUGCAAAUGCAUACCCGAGUACUUUGGCGAUCCAUACGUUGAAUGUAGACCCGAGUGUAUUUUGAAUUCGGAUUGUCCGAGAUCGAAAGCUUGUGUCAAUAAUAAGUGUGUGGAUCCCUGUCCGGGUGUGUGUGGCAAUAAUGCUGAAUGUUUUGUGUUGAAUCACCAACCUAAUUGCGAAUGUAUGCUGGGCUUUACGGGAAAUCCUAAUUUUGGUUGCCAUCUAAUACCAGAAAUUCCCAAACAUAAUAUUGUACCCAGCAAUCCUUGUGUACCAUCGCCCUGCGGUCUGUAUAGCAACUGCAGGGAACAAAAUGGCCAUGCCGUAUGCUCUUGCAUUUCCAAUUAUAUAGGAGCUCCUCCCAACUGUAGACCUGAGUGUAUGAGUAGUUCUGACUGCUCUCAAGAUCGAUCAUGCAUAAACGAACGUUGCAAAGAUCCAUGUCCCGGAACUUGUGGCAAUAACGCACUUUGUCGUGUGGUCAAUCACAAUCCCAUCUGUUCAUGCAUGCCUGGCUUUACUGGUGAUCCAUUCUCACGCUGUAUAUAUGAAGAAAAACGACCAGUUAUCAGGGAUCCCAUUAAUCCCUGUGUACCAUCACCUUGUGGACCCAAUUCUCAAUGUCGCGUUUCAUCCUCUAAUGAUCAAGCAGUUUGCUCUUGCUUGCCCAAUUAUAUAGGAAGAUCUCCAAAUUGCCGACCCGAGUGUACAUCGAACUCGGAGUGUCGAGGCAAUUUGGCUUGUAUAAAUCAGCGCUGUCAAGAUCCUUGUCAGGGUUCUUGCGGUUCAUUUACCACAUGUAUUGUAAAUAAUCAUAAGCCAAUAUGUCGCUGUAUUGAGGGUUAUAGUGGUGAUCCAUUUUCAGAAUGUAGUCCACAAAUUAUUGUACCACCCGAAAAGGCUGAACCUUGUAAUCCUAGUCCCUGCGGUGCUAACGCCGUCUGCAAGGAAAGGAAUGGCGUAGGUUCAUGUACUUGUUUGCCAGAAUACAAUGGUGAUCCCUAUACUGAGUGUCGACCAGAAUGUGUUCUUAAUACGGACUGUGCUAAGAACCGCGCUUGUAUAAACAACAAAUGUAAAGAUCCUUGCCCAGGAGUUUGUGGCGUGGAUGCCGAAUGUCAUGUUAUAAAUCACUCACCCAGUUGCAGUUGCCCCUCUGGCUAUACCGGAAAUCCUUCACAAUAUUGUCGCAAAGAAAUUAAACAAAUGGAAAAUGUAAAUCCUUGUCGCCCUUCACCUUGUGGUCCUUAUAGUCAAUGUCGCGAAGUAAAUGGUCAUGCGGUUUGUUCAUGCAUAACCAAUUAUAUAGGCACACCUCCAACAUGUCGACCAGAAUGUUCGGUUAGUUCCGAAUGUUCUCAGGAUAGAGCCUGUUUGAAUUUGCGUUGUGUAGAUCCAUGUCCAGGCACUUGUGGCAAUGAGGCUAUUUGUAAGGUUACCAAUCACAAUCCCAUCUGUUCGUGUCCACCAGGCUACUCUGGAGAUCCAUUCAUAAGAUGUAUGAAAAUUGAGGAAAGACGGGUAGAUGACAAACCUUCAAAUCCUUGUUUACCCAGCCCAUGUGGUCCAAAUUCGCAAUGUCGUGCUGUGGGUGAAACCCCCGUAUGUUCUUGUUUGCCGAAUUUUGUAGGACGUGCUCCUAACUGUAGACCGGAAUGUACCAUUAACUCGGAAUGUCCAUCUAAUUUAGCAUGUAUUAACGAGAGAUGCAAAGAUCCUUGCCCAGGAUCCUGUGGGUUUAAUGCCUUCUGUAAUGUAGUCAACCAUUCCCCAGUUUGUACUUGUGAAUCAGGCUUUUCUGGAGAUCCAUUCGCUGGUUGUAAUCCAACACCGGUUCCCGAAGAACGUCUUACGCCUUGUAAUCCUACACCUUGUGGCACCAAUGCCGAAUGUAAAGAACGCAAUGGUGCUGGUUCUUGCACAUGCCUCGAAGGGUACUUCGGAGAUCCUUACAGCGGUUGUCGUCCCGAAUGUGUAGUUAAUUCUGACUGUCCUCGUGAUAAAUCAUGCGUUAAUCAGAAAUGUGCAGAUCCCUGUCCCGGUGUCUGUGGUAUUAACGCAGAAUGUCGCGUGGGUAAUCAUGUACCCACCUGUCAUUGUUUGCCCGGCUAUACUGGUAAUGCCCUCAGUUCUUGUCGCAUUAUUCCGGAACCAGAACAACCACCACUUGCUAAAGAUGUUAAUCCUUGUCAACCGUCGCCUUGUGGCCCCUAUAGUCAGUGUCGCGAAGUAAAUGGUCAUGCUGUUUGCUCUUGCCAGACCAGUUUCAUAGGUUCAGCACCUAACUGUCGUCCCGAAUGUAUAGUCAGUUCUGAUUGUGCUCAAGAUAUGUCUUGUCAAAAUCAAAAAUGUGUAGAUCCUUGUCCUGGCACUUGUGGUUUAGAAGCACGUUGUCAAGUUAUCAAUCACUACGCAGCAUGUUCCUGUCCCCCUGGUUAUACAGGAGACCCUUUCAAUAGAUGUUCUAGAAUUAAAAUGGAUAAACCUCCUGUAUCAAAAACUGGUAACCCCUGUGUACCUUCUCCAUGUGGACCCAACUCGAAAUGCAUCGAUGUUGGUGAUUCACCUGCAUGCUCCUGUUUACCAAACUAUCUGGGACGACCACCUAAUUGUCGUCCCGAGUGCAUGAGUAGCUCUGACUGUCCUGCCAAUUUGGCCUGCAUGAAUCAAAAAUGUUCGAAUCCAUGUGUGGGUACUUGCGGUGUACAUACUUUGUGUACAGUUAUUAAGCAUAAUCCCACAUGUCAAUGCGAACCUGGCUACACCGGAGAUCCUUUCUCUGGUUGUAGUGCUGUACAACUAAUAACUACUACGGAACGACCACGCGAUCCAUGCAAUCCUAGUCCUUGUGGCGCCAACGCUGUUUGCCGUGAACGUAAUGGAGCCGGAUCAUGUGCUUGUUUACCUGAAUACUUCGGCGAUCCUUACAGCGGUUGUAGACCAGAAUGUGUUCAAAACUCGGAUUGUGAUCGCUCGAAGGCUUGUCUGAAUAACAAAUGUAUUGAUCCUUGUCCAGGUGUUUGUGGAAUUAAUGCAGAGUGUCGUGUCCUAAAUCAUGCACCCAACUGUCAAUGUUUCGAAGGUUAUACCGGAGAUCCACACCGUUCUUGCGCAGUUAUUGAAAUGAUAACAAUGGCUCCUUUGAACCCAUGCCAACCAUCACCUUGUGGACCUUACAGUCAGUGCCGCGAAUCGAAUGGUCAUGCAGUUUGCUCGUGUCUGGAUAACUACAUUGGAGCUCCCCCAUCGUGCCGUCCUGAAUGCGUUGUCAGCUCAGAAUGUCCUCAAAAUCGAGCUUGUAUUCAACAGAAGUGCGCCGAUCCGUGUGCUGGAGCCUGCGGUUCACAGGCUAGAUGCCAAGUUGUUAACCACAACCCCAUUUGCACAUGCCCAGCUGGUAUGACUGGUGAUCCAUUUGCCGAAUGUAUUACUGCCAAGGAACAACCAAGAGACCCUGAGAAUCCCUGCGUGCCGUCACCUUGCGGACCCAACUCCUUGUGUCGGGAAAUCGGAGGACAAGCUGCCUGCUCAUGUCAAACAAACUAUGUGGGAAGACCUCCAAAUUGCAGACCAGAAUGUACAAACCACGAUGAAUGUCCUAACCAUCUAUCAUGCCAAAAUGAAAAAUGUGUCGAUCCUUGCCCAGGUUCUUGUGGAUCAAAUGCAUUAUGUAAGGUUGUACAACAUAAUGCUGUUUGCUCUUGUAAUGAUGGCUACGAAGGAGAUCCAAUAUCCGGUUGUCAACUUAUUCCACCGGUAUUGCCAAAACAACCACAUUCUUCACCAUGUGAGCCAUCACCUUGUGGUCCACAGGCCGAGUGUCGCGAACGUAAUGGAGCCGGUGCCUGCUACUGUCAUGAAGGCUACGAAGGUAAUCCUUACGAUGUUGAACGCGGUUGUCGUCGUGAAUGUGAAGCCCAUGAUGACUGUUCACCUGCUCAAGCCUGCGUACGCUUCAAAUGUGUAGAUCCUUGUGAUAACAUAUGCGGAGAAUUCGCCAUUUGUACGGUAGACAAUCAUGUACCAACAUGUACUUGUCCUGCCGGUUAUUCGGGAGAUCCAUUCUUCCAAUGCAAACAAAUUCCUGUAACACCAAGACCAAUUGUCAAUCCGUGUGUACCAUCUCCAUGUGGUCCAAACAGUAUUUGCCGCAAUAUUAAUGAUCAAGCAGUGUGCUCAUGUCAGUCAGGAUUCAUCAAUCAACCUCCCAACUGUAGACCUGAAUGUGUGGUUAGUUCUGAGUGUGCCACCGAAAAGGCCUGUGUGAACAACAAAUGUGUAGAUCCUUGUCAACAUACAUGUGGACAACUGGCUAUUUGUACUGUCAAGAAUCACAGCCCUAUCUGCACUUGUCCAAGAGGAAUGACUGGAGAUCCAUUUGUCAAGUGUUCAAGAAUACCCAUUGUUGUGGAUGAUAAACCAAGUACCGAAAAACCUCCAUCAUGUGUUCCAUCACCUUGUGGUCCGAACUCUAAAUGUCAAAUCAUCGGUGGUAGUCCUGCAUGCUCUUGCUUACAAGACUUCACUGGUGCUCCUCCAAACUGCCGACCUGAAUGUGUUCUUAACUCAGAAUGUGGUCCCACUGAAGCCUGCAUCAAUCAGAAAUGUCGCGAUCCUUGUCCAGGAUCUUGCGGCUUUGAAGCUAAAUGUCAUGUACUGAAUCAUGUUCCUAUUUGUAAUUGCUUGGAUGGUUAUACUGGUGAUCCAUUCGUACGCUGUAGUCCUGUUCCCGUUACAGAAACUCCAAAGAUUCCAAAUGAUCCUUGUGAUCCAAAUCCUUGUGGACCAAAUGCAGAUUGCUUCAAUGGUGAAUGCAGAUGCCAAGAUAAUUAUCAAGGCAAUCCCUACGAAAGCUGUCGUCCAGAAUGUUCUCUGUCUGCUGACUGUCCACGUGAUAAGGCUUGCUUGCGUAACAAGUGUGUCGAUCCUUGCCCUGGAACUUGCGGUGUCAAUGCAGUAUGUGAAGUAUUAAACCAUAUUCCAGUGUGCUCUUGUGUCAAGGGUUAUGAAGGAGAUCCAUUUACGAACUGUCGGUUGAAGAUAGAGGAACCAGAAAAACCAGUCGAACCUUGCUCACCAUCUCCUUGUGGUGCCAACAGCCAAUGCCGCGACAUUAAUGGUCAUGCCGUUUGCUCUUGCUUAGAUGGAUUCAUUGGAUCGCCACCACAAUGUCGUCCAGAAUGUGUGGUAUCUAGUGAGUGCUCCGCAUUGCAGGCUUGUGUAAAUAAGAAAUGCGUUGAUCCCUGUGCCGGCUCUUGUGGUAUUGAUGCCCGUUGUGAAGUUAUCAAUCACAGUCCUAUUUGUGGUUGUCCACCUGGCAAGACAGGAGAUCCUUUCAAGAGUUGCUUCGAUAUACCUAUUGAAGCUCCAAGAGAUCCAGAGAUACCCAGAGAUCCUUGCGUACCUUCACCAUGUGGGCCUAACUCCAUAUGUAAGGCUGGUCCCAGUGGUCCUUCCUGUCAAUGUAUGCCCGAAUUCUUCGGAUCACCACCUAACUGUAGACCUGAAUGUAUCAUCAAUCCAGAUUGUCCUUCAACACAAGCUUGUAUUAAUAAUAAAUGUCGCGAUCCUUGUCCUGGUUCUUGUGGCACUAAUGCCGAAUGCCGCGUUAUCAGCCACUCUGUAUCAUGUUCAUGUCCAGUCGGAUACGCUGGCAAUGCUUUUGUUCAAUGUAUUCCACAAGAAGAUGAACCAGUUAAACCGUGUGAACCAUCACCAUGUGGUCAAAAUGCAGAAUGUAUUGAACGCAAUGGAGCUGCUUCUUGCAAAUGUAUUGAUGAAUACCAAGGCAAUCCUUAUGAGGGCUGUCGACCAGAGUGUGUUCUCAGUUCUGAUUGUCCAACGGAUAAGGCUUGUAUACGCAACAAAUGUAAGGACCCUUGUCCUGGCAUCUGUGGUUCAAAUGCUCAAUGUUAUGCUGUCAACCAUGUUCCUAACUGUGUAUGCAAUGAAGGAUAUACCGGCGAUCCAUUCUCCAACUGUCGACCACAACCAAAGUUACCACCACCGACACCUGGCAACCCUUGCCAGCCUUCACCAUGUGGCCCUAACAGUAAAUGCCGUGAAUCAAAUGGUUUGGCUGUAUGUUCAUGUCUGGAUUCCUUUAUUGGUUCACCACCAAAUUGUAAACCUGAGUGCACAGUUAAUGCCGAAUGUCCACAAAAUAAGGCCUGUCAUAAAUUCAAAUGUGCCAAUCCUUGUGCUGGCACUUGCGGUAUCGAUGCUAAGUGCGAAGUAAUCAACCAUAAUCCAAUUUGCAGUUGUGCAUUGGAAAUGACUGGUGAUCCAUUCACUAGAUGUUAUCCAGCACCUAUACGCCCUAAAGAUGAACCAACUAAACCCAAAAAUCCUUGCAUACCUUCUCCUUGUGGUUUAUAUUCAGAAUGUCGUGUCAGUGGAGAUCAACCAUCAUGUUCUUGUUUACCAAAUUACAUAGGAGCUCCACCUAAUUGCCGACCAGAGUGUGUGGUUAACACAGAUUGCCCCUCUGAUUUAGCAUGUAUUGCCGAAAAAUGUCGCAAUCCUUGUGAUGGUACUUGUGGUAUUAAUUCCGAGUGUCGCAUACAAAAUCAUUUGGCUAUUUGUACUUGCCGCUCUGGCUUCACCGGAGAUCCAUUCAGCCAGUGCAUUGAAAUUAUUGAAGAAAAGACUCAGACUCCUGUGGAAGUGGAUCCAUGCGCUUUACAACCUUGCGGAGCCAAUGCUGAAUGUCAACCAGGCGGUGUCUGUGUGUGCUUAAGAGACUACCUAGGAGAUCCCUAUGUGGGUUGUAGACCAGAAUGUACUUUAAGUACUGACUGCUCACCCAACAAGGCUUGUUUGAAUAAGAAAUGUGUUGAUCCCUGUCCUGGAACAUGUGGACAAAAUGCCCAGUGUGAUGUUACCAAUCAUAUACCAGUAUGUACUUGUCCUAAAGGCUACACCGGCGAUCCAUUCAUCAAUUGUCGCCAAGUGGUGCGCAAUGAUUUAGUACCAACAGAUCCCUGUCAACCAAAUCCAUGUGGACCCAAUAGCAUCUGUCAAGUUUCGGGUCAAGGUCCCAGAUGUGCCUGCAAGCCCGGUAUGUUGGGCUCUCCACCCGCUUGUAAACCGGAGUGUAUUGUUAGCUCAGAAUGUUCGCUGCAAACAGCAUGUAUCAAUCGCAAAUGUGUGGAUCCUUGUCCGGGAGCGUGUGGUCAAUUUGCCAAAUGCCAAGUUAUUAACCACAAUCCUAUUUGCACAUGUAAUAAUGGCUACACUGGAGAUCCAUUUACACGCUGCUACGAAGAACCAAAGGUUAUCGAACCAAUUAGACCCGUUAACCCAUGUGUACCAUCGCCAUGUGGUCCCAACUCUGAAUGUAAGGUUGUGGGUGAUAGUCCAGCCUGCUCCUGUGCUGCUACAUUCUUGGGUACUCCGCCAAAUUGUAGACCCGAAUGUACCAUCAAUCCAGAAUGUCCAUCAACUAAAGCAUGCAUCCGUCAAAAAUGUGAAGAUCCCUGUGUGGGCUCAUGCGGUUUUAAUGCUCGCUGUUCUGUUGCCAAUCAUAUGCCCAUCUGUAGUUGUGAAGUCGGUUAUAUUGGAGAUCCAUUUACUAGCUGUCAACCAAUACCAGAACGUAUUGUCAAUGAACAUAUAACACCAUGUGAACCAAAUCCUUGCGGUUCAAAUGCCAUAUGUAGAGAACAGAAUGGCAUUGGUUCGUGCCAAUGUCUGCCGGAAUACUAUGGAGAUCCAUAUCAAUCGUGUCGACCAGAAUGUAUUCGUAAUUCUGAUUGUCCAACAACUAAAGCAUGUACACAAAAUAAAUGUACAGAUCCUUGUCCUGGUACAUGUGCUUCGAAUGCCAUCUGCUCGGUAACCAAUCAUAUACCCACCUGCUCUUGUCUAUCCGGUUAUAUAGGUGAUCCUUAUAGAUAUUGUCAAAGAGAGCCAGAGAAACCCGUCCGUUUGCAAGAACCGACAAAUCCAUGUGUACCAUCACCGUGCGGUCCUAACUCUCAGUGUCGUGAAUUAAAUGGUCAGGCUAUAUGUUCUUGUUUGGAGAAUUAUAUAGGUUUUCCUCCAACCUGUAGGCCAGAGUGUGUUUUGAGCACUGAAUGUUCUGCUGAUAAAGCUUGUAUUAAUCAAAAAUGUCAGGAUCCUUGUCCUGGCACCUGUGGUCUUAAUGCUGAGUGUAGAGUUCGUAAUCAUAGUCCGAUUUGCCAAUGUAGACCUAGAUUUACUGGUGAUGCUUUUACCAGAUGUUAUCCCAUACCACCACCUGCUCCUGUUAUUAAACAAUUUGCAAGAGAUCCUUGUGUUCCUUCGCCUUGUGGUCCCAACUCGUUGUGUCGUAAUGUAAAUGGUGUACCAUCGUGUACUUGUUUGGAAACAUAUAUAGGAGCUCCUCCCAACUGUAGGCCAGAGUGCUCGAUAAGUUCGGAAUGUGCUUUAGAUAAAGCUUGCAUUCGUGAGAAAUGUAUGGAUCCAUGCCCAGGUUCAUGCGGCUUUUCAGCCGUCUGCAGUGUUAUUAAUCAUACACCCAUAUGUACUUGCCCCGAAGGUUAUACCGGUGAUCCUUUCAGUUCAUGUAGGCCAGCACCACCGGCUGAGGUCUAUAAUGAACCUUCUGAUCCAUGCCGACCUUCACCAUGUGGUGCAAAUGCUUUAUGCAAUAAUGGUGUUUGUUCUUGUCUCCCCGAAUAUCAUGGGGAUCCAUAUUCAGGUUGUCGACCAGAAUGUGUUUUAAAUUCGGAUUGUCCCCGCGAUAAGGCCUGCUCUCGCAGUAAAUGUAUUAACCCUUGUCCUGGUACAUGUGGUGAUAAUGCCAUUUGUGACGUUAUCAAUCAUAUACCAAUGUGCAGAUGUCCCGAAGGUACUCAAGGAAGUGCUUUCAUCAGAUGCUCUCCUCAACAAAAAUUGGCUACGCCUACGAAUCCCUGCCAACCCUCACCAUGUGGACCCAAUUCUCAAUGCCGUGAAAUUAAUCAACAGCCCGUCUGUUCUUGUCUUCAAGGAUUUAUAGGUUCUCCGCCUACUUGCCGACCAGAAUGUACAUCUAACUCAGAAUGUCCGCCCACACAGGCUUGUCUAAAUCAAAAAUGCCAGAAUCCUUGUCCUGGCACCUGUGGAGUUAGUGCUCUGUGUUCGGUAGUAAAUCAUAGUCCCUUCUGCACCUGUCCGAAUGAUUUUACAGGAAAUCCAUUUGUUAGAUGCCAGCGUAUAAUUAAACCUGUAAGCGAUGUGGUACCUCAAGAUCCUUGUCGCCCAUCUCCUUGUGGACCAUUUUCUCGCUGCAAACCCAUAGGACAAUCUCCCUCAUGUUCUUGCCUUGAAUCUUAUAUAGGAAGACCUCCAAACUGUCGUCCUGAAUGUGUAACCAGUUCCGAUUGCGCCAGCAAUUUGGCUUGUGUUAAUCAGAAAUGUGUAGAUCCAUGUCCUGGUAGAUGUGGCUUAAAUGCCGAAUGCCGUGUAGUCAGUCAUGCUGUACAAUGUGUUUGCGUUGUCGGAUACACCGGCGAUCCAUUCGUACAAUGUAAUCCUCCUAUUGAAAGAGAUGUCGUUGAAGUUCUAACGCCUUGUAGCCCUUCACCUUGCGGUCCAAAUGCUAUAUGUAGAGAACGUAGUGGUGUCGGAGCCUGCCAAUGUUUGCCGGAUUAUCAUGGCAACCCUUACGAAGGCUGCCGACCAGAAUGUGUACUUAACUCGGAUUGUCCUUCAAACAAAGCUUGUCAACAACAAAAAUGUCAAGACCCCUGUCCAGGAACUUGUGGACAAAAUGCCGAAUGCCAAGUAGUAAAUCAUUUACCUACUUGUAAUUGUUUUGCCGGUUAUACAGGCGAUCCGUAUCGCAUUUGCACCCAGCCAGUCGAACCAAUACGUAUGGAAUAUGUUAAUCCAUGCCAGCCUUCUCCAUGUGGUCCCAAUAGCCAGUGUCGUGAAGUCAAUGAACAAGCGGUUUGUUCUUGCUUGCCAGAAUUUAUAGGUCAACCACCUAGCUGCAGGCCAGAAUGCACCAUAUCUUCAGAAUGUUCUGCAGAUAGGGCUUGUAUAAAUCAGAAAUGUAUAGAUCCAUGUGAUAGCUCUCCUUGUGGUCAAAAUGCUGAGUGUAGGGUUCGUAAUCAUAGUCCUCUGUGUUCUUGUAAUCGCGGAUACACUGGAGAUGCUUUCACUAGAUGUUACCCCAUACCACCUCCUACGCCGGAAGUUCAACGAGAGGAAAUCAGAGAUCCAUGUGUUCCUUCACCAUGUGGUCCUAACUCGGAAUGUCGCAAUUCAAAUGGUGUUCCGUCGUGUUCCUGUUUAGCAACAUAUAUUGGACAACCACCUAAUUGUAGGCCAGAAUGUACAAUAAACUCAGAAUGUCCUAGUCAACAGGCCUGCAUUAAUCAAAAAUGUAGAGACCCAUGUCCCGGAGCAUGUGGUAUUAAUUCCAUUUGCCGUGUUAUAAACCACACACCUUCAUGUGCUUGCAUCGAAGGCUAUGUUGGCAAUCCCUUCACUAGUUGUUCACCAAAACCACCAGAACCUACUACUCCACCACCUUUGGAUGAUCCUUGCUCUCCCUCGCCUUGUGGCCCUAAUGCCGUAUGCAAUAACGGCCAAUGUACCUGCAUACCAGAGUACCAAGGAGACCCCUAUGUAGAAUGCAGACCAGAAUGUGUUCUUAACUCAGAAUGUCCUCGCGAUAGAGCUUGUAUACGCAAUAAAUGUAUGGACCCAUGUCCAGGAACUUGUGCGACAAAUGCGAUAUGUGAGGUACACAAUCAUGUUCCUAUGUGCCAUUGUCCCGAAAACAUGAUGGGAAAUGCCUUCUUCGAAUGUCGUGCCAUAUCAACCCCUGUGCCAACAAAUCCUUGUCAGCCUUCACCCUGUGGUCCUAACAGCCAAUGUCGUGUAGUCCAAGGUACCGCUGUCUGCUCUUGUCUUUCUGAUUUUAUAGGUAGUCCGCCGCAUUGUAGGCCAGAAUGCACUACAAACUCCGAUUGUCCACCAGAUCAGGCUUGUCAAAAUAUGAAAUGUAGAGAUCCUUGCCCGGGAACUUGUGGCUUUAAUGCUGAAUGCAAUGUUGUUAACCACACACCAUACUGUAGGUGUCGUAGUCGUAUGACAGGCGACCCAUUUGUAAGAUGCCAGGCAAUUGUGGAGCCCGUAAGAGAUGAGAAAGUUCCUAAAAACCCUUGUCAACCAUCACCAUGUGGUCCUAACUCGGAAUGUCGUGUUAGUGGAGAUUCUCCUUCAUGUUCAUGUUUGCCCGAUUUUAUUGGUUCGCCUCCACAAUGUCGACCAGAAUGCAUUUCAAAUUCAGAAUGUCCUACAAAUCAAGCGUGUAUAAAUCAGAAAUGUAGAGACCCUUGUCCAGGAUUAUGUGGUCAGAACGCGCUUUGUCGGGUAUUCUCCCAUACACCCAUGUGCUUGUGUAACGAUGGCUAUACUGGAGAUCCAUUCUCCGUUUGCAACCCUUUACAGCAGACACCAGUAGAAGAAGUAAGACCUUGUAUCCCUAAUCCCUGUGGUGUUAACGCGAAAUGCAUCGAACGUGGAGAAGCUGGUUCUUGUCAAUGUUUGUCAGAAUAUUUCGGUAAUCCUUACGAGGGUUGUCGCCCAGAAUGUGUGUUGAAUUCGGAUUGCGCUUCAAACAAAGCUUGUCAAAAUCAAAAAUGUGUGGACCCUUGCCCAGGAACCUGUGGUCAAAAUGCUGAAUGCAAGGUUAUUAAUCAUUUUCCAUCGUGUGAUUGUGUACCUGGGUACACUGGAGAUCCAUACAACUUCUGUUCUGUUCUUCGAAGUGAACCUGUUCGUGAAUACGUUAAUCCUUGUCAGCCUUCACCCUGUGGUCCCAACUCGCAAUGCAGGGAAGUGAACAGUCAACCUGUUUGUUCUUGCCUGAUAGAGUAUAUAGGUUCACCACCGGCUUGUAGGCCAGAGUGUACAUCUAGUUCUGAAUGUCCUUCGGAUAAGGCUUGUGUUAAUCGCAAAUGUGUAGAUCCUUGUCCUGGUGUUUGUGGUCAAAACGCUCUAUGUCAAGUACGUAACCAUAGUCCAAUUUGUAGCUGCAACAAUGACUUCACUGGUGAUGCGUUUGUCCGUUGCUUCCGCAUACCACCACAAAGAGCCGAUCCGACACCCCUACAACCCAGAGAUCCCUGUGUUCCUUCGCCUUGUGGUCCCAAUUCGCAAUGUCGUGACAUUGGUGGUUCACCAUCGUGCUCUUGUUUACCAAACUUUUUGGGUUCACCACCUUCUUGCAGACCUGAAUGUACAAUAAAUUCGGAAUGUGGCUCUCAAGAGGCAUGUAUUAAUCAGAAAUGCCGUGAUCCUUGCCCAGGCUCAUGUGGAAUCAACACUUUAUGUUUCGUACGAGCUCACACCCCUAUAUGUACGUGUCAAACAGGUUUUACAGGAGAUCCAUUUGCUGUUUGUAAUCCAAUUCCCCCACCACCCGCUAAAACUGAAGUCGUUCCGGACGACCCCUGUAACCCAUCACCUUGCGGUGCUAACGCAAACUGUAACAACGGUCAAUGUACUUGUCUACCAGAGUAUCAUGGUGAUCCUUAUACUGGCUGUAGACCUGAAUGUGUUCUGCAUACCGAUUGUUCUCGCGACAAAGCCUGUGUUAGACAUAAAUGUGUAGAUCCUUGUACAGGAACAUGUGCAUCAAAUGCUAUUUGCGAAGUUAUCAAUCAUAUACCUAAUUGUAGAUGUCCUGAGUGCAUGCAGGGUAAUGCUUUCACACUUUGCUCCCCAGUUCCAAAACAAGAUUUGCCAAUACAUCCAUGCCAACCUUCACCAUGUGGACCCAACUCACAAUGCAGAGAAGUUAAUCAACAGGCUGUUUGUUCGUGUAUAGAAGGCUUCAUGGGAAGUCCACCAUUAUGCAGGCCAGAAUGUACAUCUAAUUCAGAAUGUCCUUUAAAUUUGGCUUGCUUAAACCAGAAGUGUACCGAUCCUUGUCCCGGAGUAUGUGGCCGCAAUGCAUUAUGCCAUGUUAACAACCAUAGUCCAUAUUGCAGAUGUCCUGAUAGAUAUGAUGGAAAUCCAUUUGUUAGUUGUCAACCAAGAAUUGAACCUCCGUCGCCGCCUGAGCGGCAACCUUGUCAGCCAUCACCUUGUGGUCCCUACUCACAAUGUCGCGAAAUAGGAGACAGUCCAUCAUGUUCCUGCCUGGCAGAUUAUAUAGGAGCACCACCAAACUGUAGGCCCGAAUGUGUUACAAGUUCAGAAUGUCCGUCGAACCAAGCAUGCAUCAAUCAAAAAUGCAAGGAUCCCUGCCCUGGCCUUUGUGGAGCAGAAGCUGAAUGUCGUGUUAUUUCUCAUACACCCAGUUGCUACUGUCCACAAGGCUAUGAAGGUGAUCCUUUCGUUCAAUGCAUAAGACAACAAGUAACACCACAAUUAGAUCAUAUUGAUCCCUGCAAUCCUAGUCCAUGUGGUCCAAAUGCUCGUUGUGUUGCAAGAUAUGGUGCAGGAUCAUGCCAAUGCUUCCCCGAAUAUUUCGGUAAUCCUUAUGAAGGUUGUCGUCCGGAAUGUAUACUGGACUCUGAUUGUGCCAGUAAUUUGGCUUGUCAAAAUAUGAAAUGUCGCGAUCCAUGUCCAGGAACGUGUGGUCAAAAUGCCAUAUGUAAUGUUCUCAACCAUGUACCAAGAUGUUCAUGUAUAAAUGGUUAUGAAGGUGAUCCUUAUCGAUCGUGUUUACCUGUAAAGCAACCAAUCAAAGAGUAUGUAAACCCUUGCCAACCCUCACCAUGUGGACCCAAUUCUCAAUGUCGCGAAAUAAACGAACAACCCGUAUGUUCUUGCUUGCCUGAUUAUGUCGGUAGUCCACCGCUUUGUAGACCAGAAUGCACACAAUCAUCCGAAUGUGCAUUCGAUAAGGCUUGCGUCAAUCAAAAAUGUGUAGAUCCAUGCCCAGGAACAUGUGGCACUAACGCCAAUUGCAGAGUUCAUAAUCAUAGUCCGUUGUGUAAUUGUAGAUCCGGAUUUACAGGAGACCCGUUCUAUAUUUGUCGACCCAUACCACCUCAACCUCCAAUUCAAGUACUAAAAACACCACAAGAUCCAUGUGUACCUUCUCCAUGUGGAUCCAAUUCUCAAUGCAGACGUGUUGGUGAUUCGUUCUCAUGUGCAUGCUUACCAAAUUAUAUAGGUGCACCUCCAAAUUGCAGGCCAGAGUGUGUUAUUAACGCAGAUUGUCCUAGUAAUGAAGCUUGUAUUAAUGAAAAAUGUCGCGACCCUUGUGCAGGAGCAUGCGGUUUAGGUGCUCUUUGUGAGGUUAAUAAUCACACACCAAACUGCAGAUGCCCUGCUGGUUUCACUGGAGAUCCAUUCUCUGUUUGCCAGCCUGCUCCGCCACCACCACCACCUGUCAAAGACGAUCCUUGCAAUCCAUCACCAUGUGGUCCCAAUGCCCAAUGUAAUAAUGGUGUUUGUUCUUGCAUACCAGAAUAUCAAGGCGAUCCUUAUACCGGUUGUAGACCAGAAUGUGUUUUGAAUUCAGAUUGUUCCCGUGAAUUAGCUUGUAUACAAAAUAAAUGUCGCGAUCCUUGUCCUGGAACGUGUGCCACUAAUGCUUUCUGUCAGGUUAUUAAUCACAUACCCAUGUGUACCUGUCCUGAAGGCAUGGCCGGCAAUGCUUUCAUUUUGUGUUCUCCCAUUCCACCACCAGUUAAAGGCAAUCCUUGUCAACCAUCACCCUGUGGUCCAAACUCCCAAUGUCGCGAAAUAAAUUCACAAGCUGUAUGUUCAUGCUUACCUAAUUAUUUAGGAGCACCUCCGGCAUGUCGUCCAGAAUGUACCGCAAAUCAAGAAUGCCCUGCUAAUUUGGCGUGUGUCAAUCAGAAAUGUGUUGAUCCAUGUCCAGGAUCAUGUGGAAGAAAUGCACAAUGUUCGACAGUAAAUCACAACCCAUUCUGCACCUGCUUACCACGGUACACUGGAAAUCCUUUUGUAGCUUGUCAACCCGUUAUCGAACCACCACCACAAGAUACACAACCUCAGGAUCCUUGUAGACCUUCACCAUGCGGUCCCAAUUCACAAUGCAAAGCAGUUGGUGAUAAUCCAGCUUGUUCAUGUCUAGAAGGCUUCAUCGGUUCAGCUCCAUAUUGCAAACCAGAAUGUGUAUCAAACUCUGAGUGUCCAACUAACAUGGCGUGUAUUAAUCAAAAGUGUAAAGAUCCUUGCAUAGGAUUAUGUGGUGCUUCGGCAAUAUGUCGUGUAGUUUCACAUACUCCUAUGUGCACAUGUCAAACUGGUUUUACGGGAGAUCCAUUUACAUUGUGUUCUCCAAUACCAGUGCGUAUACAUGAGGAACCCAUACAUCCUUGCAAUCCUUCACCAUGUGGUGCAAAUGCUGAGUGUAUAGAACGCAAUGGUGCAGGAGCUUGCCAGUGUUUGCCAGAAUUCUUUGGUAACCCUUAUGAGGGUUGUCGACCCGAAUGUGUUUUGAAUUCUGAUUGUCCUACCAACAAGGCUUGUCACAAUCAGAAAUGUCGCGAUCCAUGUCCAGGUACCUGCGGCAACAAUGCAGAAUGUUCCGUAUUAAAUCAUGUACCCAACUGUAAUUGUUUCAUUGGCUAUACUGGAGAUCCAUACAGUUAUUGUUCAAAACCCCAAGAACCUAUACGUCAAGAAUAUGUUAACCCUUGUCAACCUUCACCAUGUGGUCCCAACUCACAAUGUCGCGAGAUCAAUGAGCAGGCUGUGUGCUCUUGUCUUCCUGAUUUUAUAGGUGUAGCUCCAGCAUGUCGUCCAGAAUGUACUACGAAUAGUGAAUGCCCUUCAGAUAGGGCUUGUAUAAAUCGCAAAUGUUCAGACCCAUGCCCCGGUGUAUGUGGUCAGAAUGCUGAAUGCCACGUUAGAAAUCAUAAUCCAUUAUGUUCAUGUCGCCCUGGUUUGAUUGGUGAUGCGUUUGUACGCUGUUAUCCACAACCAUGUAAGCUUUUAUGCCCUAUAGUCCCAGAAAUAUUAUAUUUAUUGUUUUUCAAUUUGGAAAAUGUAGCUCCUCAACCUCCUGUCAAGGAUGUUCAAAUUUACCGCGAUCCUUGUGCGCCGUCCCCUUGCGGUCCAUUUUCACAAUGUCGUAAUCAAUACGAUUCGCCUUCUUGCUCGUGUCUACCGAAUUAUAUAGGUUCACCUCCAAACUGUAGACCUGAGUGUUCAAUCAAUGCCGCUUGUCCUUCAAGUCAAGCCUGCAUAAAUGAAAAAUGUCGCGACCCCUGUCCUGGCGCAUGUGGUAUUAACACCGAAUGUACCGUCAUUAAUCAUAUACCAAAUUGCAAAUGUAAAUUGGGAUAUGUGGGUGAUGCCUUCGUUGUCUGUCAGCCAGCACCUCCGCCACCGAAAGAUGUACCACGGGACCCAUGUUAUCCCAAUCCUUGUGGUCCUAAUGCUAUUUGUUCAGGUGAUGGAGUGUGUUCUUGCUUGUCAGAUUACCAAGGUGAUCCCUAUGUUGCCUGUAAGCCAGAAUGUGUUCUGAACUCAGAAUGUCCUAGCAAUCAAGCUUGCAUAAAUCAAAAAUGCCGUGAUCCCUGUCCUGGUACAUGUGCCUCUAACGCCAUAUGUGAAGUACGAAAUCAUAUACCAAUGUGCCAUUGUCCUGAUCGUAUGACUGGAAACGCAUUUGUAUUGUGCCAACCGGUCCAACAAACUGAAGUGUAUCGCAAUCCUUGUCAACCUUCUCCAUGUGGGCCCAAUUCGCAAUGCCGUGAUAUAAAUAAUCAAGCUGUCUGCUCAUGUCUACCAAACUUCUUAGGUUCUCCUCCUAGUUGUCGCCCUGAAUGCACUACUAAUUCAGAAUGUCCCGCUAAUUUGGCUUGCCAAAAUCAAAAAUGUAUUGAUCCUUGUCCGGGAACAUGUGGACGAUUUGCUCUGUGCAAUGUUGUUAACCACAGUCCAUUUUGUACCUGUCUUCAAGGUUAUACCGGAAAUCCUUUCAUACAGUGUCAUAGAAUAAUUGAACCUCAACGGGAUGUAGAACCUACGAAUCCUUGCCAACCGUCACCGUGUGGUCCAAAUAGUAUUUGUAAGGCUAUAGGAACAACUCCAUCGUGUUCAUGUAUACCAGAAUUUGUGGGACAACCACCAAAUUGUCGACCGGAAUGUGUAACAAACUCGGAGUGUCCAUCGCACCAAGUAUGCUCGAAUCAAAAAUGCAAAGAUCCCUGUCCAGGUCUAUGUGGUCAAAGUGCAAUUUGCCGUGUUAACAGCCACACUCCGAUGUGUUACUGUGAAAACGGCUACACCGGUGAUCCGUUUGUUGCCUGUUCUCCAAUAUCUCAACAGAAUCCUGUUGAAACUGUUGACCCCUGUAAUCCUUCGCCUUGUGGACCCUAUGCCGAAUGUCGCCAACAAAAUGGAGUUGGAUCUUGUCAAUGUCUACCAGAAUAUUUCGGCAAUCCAUACGAAGGCUGUCGUCCAGAAUGUAUAGUAAAUUCUGAUUGUCCUUCAAAUAGAGCUUGUGUAAAUGAGAAAUGUAAAAAUCCCUGUCCGGGCACAUGUGGUCUUAAUGCUGAAUGUUUUGUUCGAAAUCACCAGGCAACUUGUAAUUGCUUAUACGAUUACCAAGGCGACCCAUAUCGUUAUUGUGCAAAGGAGGAAAAAUCCGUUAUUCGUGAAUAUGUUAACCCCUGCAAACCUUCUCCUUGUGGCCCCAACUCCCAAUGCAAAGAGUCUAAUGAACAAGCUGUUUGUUCUUGUUUACCAGAAUAUGUCGGAGCUCCUCCUACCUGUAGACCCGAAUGUACUUCAAGUUCAGAAUGUUCUGCAGAUAAGGCUUGUAUUAAUCAGAAAUGCAAAGACCCUUGUCCAGGUGUCUGUGGCUUACAGGCCUUGUGCAAUGUACGUAAUCACGUGCCUUUAUGUAGUUGUCAAAAUGGUUACACGGGAGAUCCCUUCACUCGCUGUUAUCCCAUACCUCCUCCACCACCUGUAGUGUUUGCUGAGCCUAUUCAUGAUCCAUGUGUUCCCUCGCCUUGUGGCCCUAAUUCACAAUGUCAAAAUAGAAAUGGUCAAGCAUCAUGUUCAUGUCUUCCUAAUUUCUUUGGUGCUCCACCUAGCUGUCGUCCUGAAUGUACCACAAAUUCAGAAUGUUCUCUUAAUAUGGCAUGUAUAAAUAUGCGUUGCAUAGAUCCUUGUCCUGGAUCAUGUGCUUAUAAUGCCUUGUGUACUGUUCAAAAUCAUAUACCUAGUUGUCAUUGUCCCGAAGGUUAUGUAGGAGAUCCAUUUACCGCCUGUCAAUUAGCUCCAAAACCUAAACCUGUUGUAAAAGAUGAUCCUUGUAAUCCUUCUCCAUGUGGCUCAAAUGCUUUGUGCAAUAAUGGUCAGUGUUCAUGUAUUCCCGAAUAUCAGGGAGAUCCUUAUAUAGCUUGUCGACCCGAAUGUGUACUAAAUACAGAAUGUCCAACUAAUAAAGCAUGUAUUCGCAAUAAAUGCGUUGAUCCUUGUCAGGGUACUUGUGGAAAUAAUGCUUUAUGUGAUGUUUAUAAUCAUGUUCCUAUGUGUCGCUGUCCUGAAGGAAUGACUGGUAAUGCCUUUGUUCAAUGUGAUAUUGAGCCUAAGCCAGUUGAAACAAAUCCUUGUCAACCAUCGCCUUGUGGACCUAAUAGUCGCUGUAGAGUUCAUCAAAAUACAGCUGUAUGUUCGUGUAUCGAAAAUUAUAUUGGUAACCCACCAUCCUGCAGACCGGAAUGUACCAUCAAUUCUGACUGUGCACCACAAAUGUCUUGUCAAAAUCUCAAAUGCGUGGAUCCCUGCCCGGGAUCAUGCGGUUUGAAUGCAAUGUGUCAUGUGGUGAACCAUGCUCCUAUUUGCACCUGCCCCUCACGAUUUUCAGGAAAUCCUUUCGUAAGCUGUCAACCUGUAGUAGAACCACCUAAAAAGUUGGAUGAUAAACCAGAUCCUUGUCUACCAUCUCCAUGCGGUCCUAAUUCCCAGUGCCGUAUUGUCGGAGACUCACCAUCAUGCUCUUGCCUAGCAGAUUUUACUGGUUCUCCACCGAACUGCCGUCCAGAAUGUGUAUCCAAUUCGGAAUGCCCAUCCAAUAAAGCAUGCAUUAAUCAGAAAUGUAAAGAUCCUUGUCCGGGAGUAUGUGGUCAAAAUGCUUUGUGCAAUGUGAUCUCACACACCGCCAUGUGUACUUGUUCACCUGGCUACACGGGAGAUCCAUUCACAGGUUGUUCUAUACCCCCUGUAAGGCUAACUGAUCAUGUAACUCCUUGUCAGCCAAAUCCCUGUGGAUCUAAUGCUGUUUGCCGGCAAGAGAAUAAUGCCGGAUCUUGUCAAUGUUUACCCGAAUAUUUUGGAAAUCCUUAUGAAGGCUGUAGACCAGAAUGUGUUUCUAAUUCCGACUGCUCUUCGAACAAAGCUUGCAUUAACCAAAAAUGUCGAGAUCCUUGCCCAGGAGUAUGUGGAUUAAAUGCUAUUUGUAGUGUAGUAAAUCAUUUACCAACUUGUCAGUGUAUGUCAGAAUAUGUAGGUGAUCCUUAUCAAUAUUGUCAAAUAUCAGAAAAACCAAUUAUCAAAGAAUAUGUAAAUCCUUGCCAACCAUCACCUUGUGGUCCUAACUCCCAAUGCCGCGAAGUUAAUAAUCAAGCUGUCUGCUCUUGCUUGCCUGAUUAUAUGGGUGUACCUCCCACUUGCCGUCCUGAAUGUACUACAAAUUCUGAAUGCGCGUUCGACAAAGCAUGUGUAAAUCGUAAAUGUGUAGAUCCUUGUCCAGGAUCUUGUGGUAGCAAUGCUGAUUGUCGUGUCGUUAGCCAUUCACCUAUAUGUUCUUGUAGGAAUGGCUUUACUGGCAAUGCAUUUACGCGAUGUUAUCCAAUUCCACCUACACCUCCACCAAUACCACAAAAGGAUGUUUCACCUAAUCCCUGCUUGCCGACUCCCUGUGGUCAAUUUGCCCAGUGUCGUGACGUAGGUGGUUCAGCUUCUUGUUCCUGUUUACCAACAUACAGAGGAUCACCACCUAAUUGUAGACCUGAAUGUACAAUAAAUUCGGAUUGUCCUAGUUCUCAGGCCUGUAUAAACCAAAAAUGUCAAGACCCCUGCCCAGGAGCUUGUGGUUUUAGUGCCGAAUGUCAUGUGGUUAAUCACACACCCAUAUGCCAAUGUUUACAAGGUUUAAUAGGCGAUCCUUUUGUCAGUUGUCGCCAACCACUAGUAGAACCAAUUAAAGUUCCACCUUCCAAUGAAGACCCAUGUAACCCUUCACCUUGUGGAGUUAACGCAAUAUGUCAAAACGGACAAUGUUCAUGUUUGCCGGAAUACCAAGGAAAUCCUUUAAUAGGAUGCAGGCCUGAAUGUGUUCUUAAUUCCGAUUGUUCAACGAAUAGGGCUUGUAUUAAUCAAAAAUGUCAAGAUCCUUGUCCCGGAACGUGUGCUUCAAACGCCAUUUGUGAGGUUCAUCAACAUGUGCCCAUGUGUCAUUGCCCAGAAGGUAUGCUCGGAAAUGCAUUUAUUCAAUGUGAACCAAAGCCACCUGUAAGAUUAAAUCAACCUUGCCAACCAUCUCCAUGUGGACAAAAUGCCCAAUGCCGUGUUCUUAAUGAACAGGCCGUAUGCUCUUGUUUACCAAAUUAUAUAGGAGCCCCACCAACAUGUAGGCCAGAAUGUACAACCAACAAUGAAUGUGCUUUAAAUAAGGCUUGUCUACAACAGAAAUGUAAAGAUCCUUGUCCCGGAGCAUGCGGAUCUAACACCGAAUGUUCUGUACACAAUCACAGUCCCAUUUGUCGUUGUAUUAAUGGAUUCAGUGGUAAUCCAUUUAUAGGAUGCCAACCAAUAAGAAUUGUUCCACUACUUGAUACACCCAAAUUUAAGGAUCCCUGCAGACCCUCUCCCUGUGGUCCGAAUUCUGAAUGUCGAGCAAUUGGUGAAAGUCCUUCUUGUUCGUGCUUGAAAGACUUUGUAGGUUCACCACCAAAUUGCAGACCAGAAUGUGUGAUUAAUUCGGAGUGUUCCUCAAGUGAGGCUUGUAUUAAUCAACAUUGUCGCGAUCCCUGUCCUGGAGUGUGUGGUUCAAAUGCCGAAUGUCGUGUUAUUAAUCACACACCAAUGUGUUAUUGUCCUAGUGGUUACUCGGGAGAUCCAUUCUCUUUUUGUUCAAUAGUUAAAGAUACGCCCGUAGAAACGAUACGACCCUGCCAACCUAAUCCCUGUGGUUCAAAUGCGGAGUGUUUAGAACGCAAUGGAGUAGGAGCCUGUCAAUGUCUGCCUGAGUUCUUAGGAAAUCCUUACGAAGGUUGCCGACCAGAAUGUGUAAUCAACUCUGACUGUCCCACCCAUUUAGCUUGUAUGAACAAAAAGUGCAAAGAUCCUUGUCCUGGAACAUGUGGCCGUAACGCCGAAUGUCAUGUACGCAACCACUUACCAACGUGUACUUGCAAUACCGGUUAUACAGGAGAUCCAUAUUCCUACUGCAAUCUUCAACCAGAACCCGUGUUUGAUGUUAGCAAUCCUUGCCAACCUUCACCUUGUGGGCCCAACUCUCAAUGUCGUGUAUUAAAGAACCAAGCUAUAUGUUCAUGUUUGCCAGAAUUUAUUGGUCAACCACCAAGUUGUCGCCCAGAAUGUACCAUAUCUAGUGAAUGUUCGUUUGACAAAGCUUGUAGUAAUCAGAAAUGUGUUGACCCUUGUCCUGGUACUUGUGGCAUAAAUGCAGAAUGUCGUAUAUUAAAUCACAGUCCCUUAUGUUCUUGUCGUAAUGGCUUUACCGGAGAUGCUUUUAUAAGAUGUUUACCAAUUCCACCAGAACCACUACCGCCGGUUAUAGUUAAGGACACAUAUAGAGAUCCAUGUGUGCCAUCGCCAUGUGGCACGAAUGCCCAAUGUAAAGUUAUAAAUCAACAAGCCUCUUGUUCUUGCGUUACAGGAUACUUUGGCGCUCCACCCAAUUGUCGACCGGAAUGUACAAUUAAUGCUGAUUGUCCUUCUAACCAGGCCUGUCUUAAUGAGAAAUGUCGUGACCCCUGUCCCGGAUCGUGUGGUAUUUCUGCACUAUGCUCAGUUGUAACACACACUCCCAUAUGUUCUUGCCCUGCAGACUAUAUGGGAGAUCCCUUCACCGCGUGUGUUCCUAAGCCUGUCGUGCAAGACCCAAUCGUACCAAAAGACCCUUGUCACCCAUCACCUUGUGGUUCAAAUGCUGUUUGUAAUAACGGCCAGUGUACCUGUCUGCCGGAAUAUCAGGGAAAUCCAUACGUCGGUUGUAGGCCGGAAUGUGUUCUAAAUACAGACUGUCAACGCGAUAGGGCCUGCAUACGUAGUAAAUGCAAAGAUCCUUGUCCUGGAACAUGUGGUAUUGGAGCUUUGUGUGAUACUUACAAUCAUGUACCCAUGUGUCGUUGUCCUCCCGGCAUGACAGGCAAUGCUUUUGUGCAAUGUGUAGCUUUAGAAACUCCCAUUCUUAAAACACCAAUACACCCUUGUCAGCCAUCUCCUUGUGGGCCUAAUUCACAGUGCAGGGAAUUAAACGAGCAAGCUGUUUGCUCUUGUUUGCCAAAUUAUUUGGGAUCCCCUCCAGAUUGCCGCCCCGAGUGUUCUAUAAACUCCGACUGUCCUCCCAAUUUAGCAUGUAUUAAUCAAAAAUGUCGAGAUCCUUGCCCUGGGUCUUGUGGAAUAAGAGCCGAAUGCAAUGUAGUCAACCAUACGCCAUAUUGCAAAUGUCCGCCAGGUUACACUGGCAAUGCAUUUGUAAUGUGUCAAAUUCUUCCGCAACCCCCAGUCAAAGUACAAGAAGAACCAGUUAAUCCUUGCAUACCAUCGCCAUGUGGUCCUAACUCAGAAUGCAAGGUUGAUAGGGGUUCGGCUUCAUGCUCCUGCCUGUCAGACUACACAGGAUCUCCACCUAAUUGUCGACCUGAAUGCUUAAGUUCAUCGGAAUGCGCAAGUAAUUUAGCUUGCAUUAACAUGAAAUGUCAAGAUCCAUGCCCUGGAGUCUGUGGAAAAUCCGCCGUUUGCCAUGUUGUUAGUCAUACACCCUCGUGCAGUUGCGUCAGCGGUUACAUAGGUGAUCCAUUCACUUUAUGUUAUCCACCACCACAAAUUGAAAGGGAGCAAGUUAACCCUUGCUCUCCUAGCCCUUGUGGUAGCAAUGCUAAAUGCCGCGAACUUAAUGGAGCUGGAUCAUGCCAAUGCCUGCCUGACUAUUAUGGAAAUCCUUAUGAAGGCUGUCGCCCUGAGUGUGUAGUAAAUACAGAUUGUCCAGCUAAUAAAGCAUGUCAAAAUCAGAAAUGUCGCGAUCCUUGCCCCGGAGUUUGUGGACAAAAUGCCAUGUGUAAUGUCAUCAAUCAUUUACCAGCAUGUUCAUGUUUCGAUGGCUAUACCGGAGAUCCAUAUAGUUAUUGCAAUAUUAUUAGAGAACCUAUACGUGAGUAUGUCAAUCCAUGUCAACCCUCACCAUGUGGUCCCAAUUCACAGUGUCGCGAAGUGAAUGAGCAAGCAAUAUGCUCUUGCUUACCGGAGUAUGUUGGCUCUUCACCGAAUUGUAGACCAGAGUGUACCGUAAAUUCAGAGUGUCCUGCGAUAAAGGCUUGUGUUAAUCAAAAAUGUCAGGAUCCUUGUGUCAACGUAUGUGGUUUAAAUGCGGAAUGUCGUGUUAUGAAUCACUCCCCCAUUUGUAGAUGUAGUCCCGGUUAUACCGGUGAUGCAUUUACUAGAUGUUUGCCAAUACCUGCAUUACCACCACCACUUAGGGAACCCUACAGGGAUCCGUGUGUGCCUUCACCUUGUGGCCAGUAUGCACAAUGUAGAUUGAUUAAUGAUAAUCAACCUACUUGUAGCUGCCUACCCACAUAUGUCGGUUCACCACCCAACUGUCGCCCAGAAUGUAUUAUAAAUUCAGAUUGUCCUAAUCAUCAAUCAUGUAUAAAUGAACGUUGUAAAGAUCCCUGUCCUGGUUCAUGUGGUCUUAAUGCAUUAUGUUCGGUUAUUAAUCAUAUACCGUCCUGUAUUUGUCCCGAUGGUUACUCGGGAGAUCCUUUCUCACGAUGUGCUCCGAAAGUCUUAGCUUUACCACGUAAGAUUUCUGAAUUCACGCAAUUUACCCCAAAAAUUCAAUUGGAUUAUACAUUUUAUUUAGCUCCGACGCCAAUAGCCAACGAUCCUUGCCAUCCAUCACCUUGUGGUCCUAACAGCGAAUGCCAGAACGGUAUUUGUUCUUGUCUACCUGAAUUCCAAGGAGAUCCAUAUCGUGGUUGUAGACCAGAAUGUAUUUUGAACUCAGAGUGUUCUCGUGAUAAGGCUUGUAUUAAUCAAAAAUGUAUGGAUCCAUGUCCAGGAACCUGUGCCUCAAAUGCCAUUUGUGAGGUUCAUAAUCAUAUGCCUAUGUGUCAUUGUAGUGAUGAUAUGGAAGGUGAUGCCUUUGUUAUGUGUAGGCCCAAACAAAAACGUAAUGAUUCGCUAUUUGUUUACAAUAACAUCGAAAUCACAAGUUUAUUUUUAAAUUCCAUAGUUGAAAUACAGCAUCAAAAUCCCUGUAUUCCCUCACCUUGUGGACCCAACUCCCAUUGUCGCGAAGCAAAUGGUGUAGCGUCAUGUUCUUGUCUGCCAGAAAUGUUAGGUUCUCCUCCAUCUUGCCGACCCGAAUGUAUUACAAAUUCUGAAUGUCCAUCCAAUAGAGCUUGCAUCAAUAGGAAAUGUCAGGAUCCUUGCCCAGGAAGUUGCGGAUAUCAGGCCGUAUGUCACGUUGUUAAUCAUAAUCCUUUGUGUUCUUGUCCUCCAGGAUAUACUGGCAGUCCUUUUGUUGAAUGCCAACCUAUAAUAAUUCCACCUCAACGCGAUAUUGUACCACAAAAUCCUUGUAUACCUUCGCCAUGCGGACCUUAUUCACAAUGCGAAAAUGUUCAAGGUGCAGCUUCUUGUAAAUGUUUGCCAAAUUAUAUUGGAAACGCUCCAUAUUGUCGUCCAGAAUGUGUGUCAAAUUCGGAAUGCACAUCAAAUUUAGCGUGUAUUAAUCAGAAAUGUAGAGAUCCAUGUCCUGGUGUGUGUGGCAAUAAUGCUGAGUGUAGAACGGUAAAUCAUAUUGCUAUGUGUACAUGUAUUUCGGGAUACAUAGGUGAUCCCUUCACAAACUGUCAAGUUGAUGUACCACAAAAACCAUAUGUUCCACUUCGGCCGCAAUAUCCUCUACCGACUAGACGACCACCAUUUGUUGAAACGCAAACGCCACACUAUGUUCAACCACAAACCUAUCCUACACCUACUAGACAGCCACCAUUUAUCGAUGUACCCCAAGCACAAACGCCCGACUAUGUUCAAACACAAACUUAUCCUCAACCAACAAGACGUCCUGCUGUAUCGGAAGAGCCUCAAAGUCAACCACCUGUUAUAUACCAACCGGAGUCGCCCGACUAUGUUCAGCCACAAACUUAUCCUCAACCAACAAGACGUCCUGUAGUGUCGGAAGAGCCUCAAAGUAAACCACCUUUUAUAUACCAACCAGAAUCGCCAACUCGUAGACCUGAGGCUAUACCACAACCUCAACCUCCACAAUAUAGGCCUUCAAUUCUUCAACAAUACACCCCAUUCCAUGAGCAGAUUAAUCCAUGUGAACCUAAUCCUUGUGGAUCAAAUGCAGAGUGUCGAACACAUAACAAUGCCGGGUCAUGUGUAUGUUUGCCCAACUACUUUGGUAAUCCAUAUGAAGCUUGCAGGCCAGAAUGUGUUUUGAAUUCUGAUUGUCCUUCUACAAAAUCUUGUAUUCAGACAAAAUGCCAAGAUCCUUGUCCGGGUACUUGUGGUCAAAAUGCUUUGUGUCAUGUUACAAAUCAUUUACCUAUAUGUACCUGUUACACCGGAUACUCUGGCGAUCCCUAUAGUAUUUGUCAACCCAUAAAGCAAAAAGAACCUGUAGUCUAUGUUAAUCCUUGUCAGCCUUCACCAUGCGGUCCUAAUUCUCAGUGUCGCGAAAUAAAUGAACAGGCAGUAUGUUCUUGCUUGCCUGAAUUCGUAGGUUCACCGCCUGCAUGUAGACCAGAAUGUACAACCAAUAGUGAAUGUUCUUUGGAUAAGGCUUGCAUUAAUAGAAAAUGCUCUGAUCCUUGUCCGGGUACAUGUGGUCUCAAUGCUGAGUGUCGCGUUAUAAAUCAUAUUCCCAUGUGUUCUUGUUUGCCUUCAUUUACUGGUGAUGCUUUCAGUAGAUGUUAUAGUCAACCAUGUAAGAUUUCAAAACAUAUAAAUAUGAAAUUAAGAAUUUCUAAAUAUAGUACAAAUUUGUUAAAUUUAGCUCCACCACCUGUUUCUACUACUCCACCAACCGCGAUCGUUGCUGUGCAAGAAGAACCCAUUAAUCCUUGUUAUCCGUCACCUUGUGGUCAAUAUGCUCAGUGUCAUAAUCGUAAUGGCGCUGCUAUUUGUGCUUGUCUGCCAAAUUAUAUAGGUUCACCUCCGAACUGUAGACCUGAAUGUGUAGUCAACUCCGAUUGCCCGGCACAUUUAUCAUGUUUCAACGAAAAAUGCCGUGAUCCCUGUCCUGGAUCUUGUGGCUUUAAUGCCCUAUGCAACGUAGUUAAUCAUAUACCAAACUGCGUUUGUGAAGUUGGAAUGAUAGGUGAUCCCUUUACUGGUUGCCAUCCACAACCACCUAUUAUAAAAACAUCACUACCAGAAAUAAACGAUGAAAAUCGAUGUGUUCCUUCUCCUUGCGGUACAAAUGCAAAAUGUGAAGGAGGAGUAUGUUCCUGUCUUCCGGAAUAUUAUGGUGAUCCUUAUGUGGGAUGUAGACCAGAAUGCGUUUUGAACAGCGACUGCCCUAGAGAUCGUACUUGUAUUAAUCAAAAAUGUCAGGAUCCCUGUCCAGGAACUUGUGGCCAAAAUGCUGAAUGCAAUGUUAUCAAUCACACUCCAAUGUGUUCAUGUCCAGUCGGUAUGACUGGAAAUGCAUUUAUACGUUGCGCAGCAAUAAAAGAACCGAUUAGAGAAGAUUCUCCUCAACCUGCUCCUCAAAACCCUUGCCAACCGUCACCCUGCGGCCCCAACGCACAAUGUAGACAAAUUAACCAGCAAGCUGUGUGCAGUUGUAUAACAGGAUAUUUAGGUUCACCGCCUUCAUGCCGACCCGAAUGUACCUCAAAUUAUGAUUGUCCGGCCGACAAAUAUUGUUUGAAUCAAAAGUGUAAGGAUGCCUGUGCUGGUGCUUGUGGUGUAACUGCAAUUUGUCAUGCCUACAAUCAUGCACCAAUGUGCACAUGUCCGCCCAGAUACACGGGAAAUCCUUUUGUUAGAUGUUUGCCAAUAGGUAUUCAAAAUAAAGAAAUAAUUUGUUUAGUUUUUAAUACAUUUUUUGAUAAAUACAUUACAGUCGAACCAUUGCCUUCUCCUCCACCUAAAGCUGACUUACCAACAAAUCCUUGUCAACCUUCGCCUUGUGGUCCAUAUUCGCAGUGCUCUUUAGACCCGUUAGAUAAUUCCGCAAAAUGUUCUUGUCUGCCGGAAUAUAUCGGACAAGCUCCUUAUUGUCGACCAGAGUGUAUAACUAGUGCCGAAUGUGCUUCGGACAAAGCUUGCAUUAAUAGAAAAUGCAGUGAUCCUUGUUCAGGUUCAUGUGGUGUUCAGGCCGAAUGUCGCGUUUUAGCUCAUAGUGCCAUGUGUUAUUGUCCUAGUGGUUUAACUGGCGAUCCUUUCUCCCAAUGCGUUCGUCAACAAGAACCGCCCACCGAAGUCGUCGUACCAUGCAGUCCCAGCCCAUGUGGCUCCAAUGCUUUGUGUCGUGUUCAUAAUGACUUGAGUAUUUGCCAAUGUUUACCAGACUAUUAUGGUAAUCCUUAUGAGGCUUGCCGUCCUGAAUGUUUACGUAAUUCGGACUGUGCCGCCAAUAAGGCUUGUCAAAAUCAAAAAUGUCGCGAUCCUUGUCCUGGUACAUGUGGUCAUAAUGCUCAAUGUCAAGUCGUUAAUCAUACACCUAAUUGUGCUUGCUUAGCAGGUUAUCAGGGUGAUCCUUAUAGUCAAUGUAUAAAGCCGUUAGACGAACCUAAACCUCCAGUGUAUGUUAAUCCAUGUCAACCCUCGCCCUGCGGAGCUAAUGCCCAAUGUCGCGAAGUCAAUGGACAAGCUGUAUGUUCUUGUUUGGCAGAAUUUGUUGGUUCUCCUCCAGCUUGUCGACCUGAAUGUGUAGUUAGCUCGGAAUGCCCCUCUGAUAAGGCUUGUAUUAAUCAGAAAUGCCAAGAUCCUUGUCCGGGAUCUUGUGGUGUAAAUGCUGAAUGUCAUGUACGAAGUCACAGUCCUCUGUGCUCUUGUAAACCUGGCUAUACUGGAGAAGCAUUCACAAGAUGUCAACUGAUACCGGAGCGUAAACAAGAUCAACCACCUGCAGUACCUGUCAAUCCCUGUUUGCCUUCACCUUGCGGACCCUAUUCGCAAUGCAGAGAAGUUAAUGGUGCAGCGUCAUGCAGUUGUUUGCCAAACUACAUUGGAGCAGCGCCUAACUGUCGACCGGAAUGUACCAUCAAUGCUGAAUGUGCUAGUAACAUGGCUUGUAUUAAUGAAAAAUGUCGAGAUCCUUGUCCCGGCUCGUGUGGCUUUGAUGCUAUGUGCAAUGUAAUUAAUCACACACCAAGCUGUUCAUGUCCAGUAGGCUAUACUGGUGAUCCAUUUACCAGCUGUAGAAUUUUGCCUCCUUCACCGCCACCAAAACCUAAAGACCCUGUUGACCCAUGCAAUCCUUCACCCUGCGGCUCAAAUUCAGUUUGCCACAAUGGCCAAUGUUCAUGUUUGCCGGAAUAUCAUGGUGAUCCCUAUAUUGGCUGUCGUCCAGAAUGUGUGCUCAAUUCAGAUUGUGCUCGUAAUCGCGCUUGUGUACGUAAUAAAUGUGUUGACCCUUGUCCCGGAACAUGCGGUCGCAAUGCCUUGUGCGAGGUUAACAAUCACAUAGCAAUGUGUCGCUGCCCGGAACGGAUGACAGGAAAUGCAUUUGUUUCGUGCGAACCCAUACGCGAUGAAAUACCUAAGAAUCCUUGUCAACCUUCACCUUGUGGUCCCAACUCGCAGUGCUUAGAACGUAAUGGAAAUGCAUUAUGUUCUUGCAUCACCGGUUUCUUGGGUAAUCCUCCAAAUUGUCGCUUGGAAUGUUAUUCCAGUUCAGACUGUUCUCCAGUACACGCCUGUAUCAAUAACAAAUGUGUAGAUCCUUGUCCGGGUAAAUGCGGUUUGAAUGCCGAAUGUCAAGCCGUACAGCAUAGGGCCCACUGCGAAUGUUUGAGAGGUUUCGAAGGAAAUCCUUAUACAGCCUGCAACAGAAUAGAAAUACGUCAUGAACCUCCCGCCAAACCAAAGGAUCCUUGUUAUCCUUCACCGUGCGGCCCGAAUUCUCAGUGUUCUAAUGUAAACGAUCAAGCCAGGUGUAUUUGCUUAGCGGACUUUGUAGGUUCCCCACCAAACUGUCGACCCGAGUGCACCAGUAAUGAUGACUGUAGCAAUACUUUGGCAUGCAUAAAUCAGAAAUGUCGUGAUCCUUGCCCCGGUUCUUGCGGCUUUAAUGCCAAUUGUGUUGUAACACUGCACAUACCUAACUGUCAUUGCCCUAAUGGCAUGACUGGCGAUCCAUUCCGUAUGUGCUACGAACGUAAAGAAAUUUUACCUCCUAAACAUGAGGAACCUAAGAAUCCUUGCCGCCCUUCACCAUGUGGUAGCAAUGCAGAAUGCCGCAUUCGCGGUUCCGGCUUUACAUGUGAAUGUGUCAAUGACUAUAUUGGAAACCCUUACGAAGGAUGUCGUCCCGAAUGUGUGGGCAACUCUGAAUGUCCUGCCAAUCGUGCUUGUAUACGUCAGAAGUGUGCCGAUCCAUGUCCGGGCACUUGUGGAACAGAAGCUGUCUGUUCGAUCAACAACCAUAUACCGAUAUGCUCAUGCCCUGCUGGCUACACUGGCAAUGCCUUUAUACAAUGCUCACCUAUAAAGGUCGAGAACAUACCGGUGGAAAAAACAGAUCCUUGUUAUCCAACACCAUGUGGCCAAAACACCAUUUGCAAGGUGCAACGUGGCCAAGCUGUAUGCGAAUGCCUUCCUGGUUUCUUCGGUAACCCGUAUGGACAAGAAUGCAGGCCUGAAUGUACGCUUAGCUCGGAUUGUGCCAAGAAUAAGGCUUGCGUCAAUAAUAAAUGUAUAGAUCCUUGUCCAGGAGUCUGCGGCUAUGGAGCUGUAUGCCAAACUGUAAAUCACAAUCCAAUUUGUAGCUGUCCCUCAACAAUGGUGGGUAAUCCAUUUGUCGAAUGCCACGAAGCACCCAAGCAAUUGGAACCUGUCGAUCCAUGCAACCCUUCACCUUGUCGGUCGAAUGGUAUUUGUCGCGUCGUUAAUGGUGUUGCAUCAUGUUCGUAUCCAGAAUGUGUCGUUAAUGAAGACUGCUCAAGAGAUAGAUCUUGUGUUAACCAAAAAUGCCGCGAUCCUUGCAUUAAUGCUUGUGGUCUUAAUGCCAUUUGCAAUGCAAUUAACCAUAAAGCUAUAUGUACCUGUCCACCUGGUUACUAUGGCUCCGCCUACAGUCAAUGCUUGCAGCAAAUGGAUGUGGUACCAGUACCAAGACCAGAAUGUACAUCUGACAGCGAUUGUAGCAACGAUAAGGCUUGUGUUAAUCAACAAUGUAAGAACCCUUGUGAACUGGGUAACAUCUGCGGUCAAAAUGCACGCUGCCAUGUUCAACUUCACAGACCAUUAUGUGUAUGCAAUGAAGGAUUCACUGGAAAUGCACUAAACAACUGUUACUUGAUUGGUUGUCGCUCUGAUGAUGAAUGUCCUGCAACUGAGGCUUGUAUCAACAAACAAUGCACAGAUCCUUGCCUAUACACUCAGUGUGGCUCUCAAGCUGUCUGCCGUUCAGAUUACAAUCAUAAAGCCAGAUGUCACUGCCCCGAUGGUUAUCGUGGAAACCCUCUUGUGCGCUGCGAGCGUUCAGAAUGUACUCGAGAUGAUGACUGUGCCUUCAACUUGGCCUGUCGCAAUGAACGCUGUGAAGAUCCUUGCAAUUGUGGAAUAGGAGCCCAAUGUCGCGUCAAUAACCAUCAAGCUCAGUGCAGAUGUCCACCCGGCUAUGUAGGUAAUCCAGCAGUGCGCUGUGAAAUCGAAGAAACCAAGGUUGCUCCUCAAUGUACUAUGGAUUCAGAUUGUAGCAGUAAACUGGCAUGUUUUAGUGGUGAAUGCAAAAACCCCUGUAUUGUAACUAAGCCUUGUGGAUCGAACGCUAUAUGUUCUGUAGUCGACACCUUACCUCUACGAACAAUGAUUUGUGAAUGUGAACCCGGUUUUGUGGGUGACGCUGAUGUUGGCUGUCGCAAAGAACCUGUUCGUGAUCAAGGUUGCCAAUCCAAUGAAGAAUGUCCAUCUACAGAGGCUUGCCGAAAUGGUAACUGUGUCAAUCCUUGUAUUGAUGCUUCACCUUGCGCUCGUACUGCCGAAUGUUUGGCUCAACAGCACCGAGCUGUCUGCACAUGUCCUCAGGGUACUCAAGGAGAUCCAUUCACUAACUGUUAUCAACCUACAAACGUAUUGGCUGGUUGUACACAUGACUCGGAAUGUUCUCCAAAUACAGCAUGUAUUAACAAACGUUGCCAGGAUCCAUGUGCCGAAGGAAAUCCAUGUGCUGGAAACGCUGAAUGUAGAGUUUCAAAUAACCGUCCCAUUUGUUCAUGUCCAUCUGGCUGGGGUGGUGAUCCACAAGUUCAAUGCUUCAAACCCGAAUGUAAGAUUAAUGCUGAUUGUCCUUAUGACAAGGCUUGUAUCAAUGAAAACUGUGUCAACCCUUGUACAUACGGCAAUGUUCGCUGUGGCAUAAAUGCUAUGUGUGACCCACAAAAUCAUCAAGCAGUAUGUGUAUGUCCAGCUGGCACUCAAGGCAAUCCUUUCGUAUCCUGCAUAACCGGACACUGCCAAUACAAUGAAGAUUGUGCUGAUCAUGAGGCCUGCGAUAGAUUAAAUCGCGUUUGCCGUCCUGUAUGCGAUGAAGACACAUGUGCCGUUAACGCCAUUUGCUUAGCUAGACAUCAUCAACCUCAGUGUCAAUGUCGCUCUGGAUACACUGGAAAUCCUUACCAAGACUGUGUAUUACCAAAACAACCACCAGCUGUGAAACCUAAACCUGAAUGCAUGCAAGAUGCUGAUUGUCCAACACAAUUGGCUUGCAUCAACCAGAGAUGUUCAAAUCCAUGUGCAACACCACAUGUCUGUACACCACAACAAACCUGCACUGUGUUAGAUACUUUACCAUUGCGUACCAUGAUUUGUAAAUGUCCUAGUGAUACCAUAACAGAUACUUCAGGCAAUUGCGUAGCUAUAAGACAUGACAUUGUUGCUGGUUGCCAAAAUAAUCAAGAAUGUGCCAACACUGAAGUAUGUCAGAGAGGUUCAUGCAUUGAUGCCUGCCGCUUGGAUAGAUGUGGCGUAAAUGCUCAAUGUUUAUCUAGAGAUCACUAUGCUCAGUGUACUUGUCCAAAGGGUUAUACCGGUAAUCCUCGAGUCGAGUGUAGAUAUGUGGCCAUCGAACAACCUAAGAAACCUUUUAUUGAAUGUAUCAAUAACGAUGAUUGUCCCAAUGACAAGACAUGUCGCAAUGAACGUUGCGUUAAUCCUUGUGCUGAAGAACCCUGCGGACGUGGAGCUUAUUGUCAUGUCCAACAUAGAGAAGCAGUUUGUCGCUGUCCACCUGGAUAUUCCGGUGACGCCAGACAAGUCUGCAUACCACCUCGUGACGUCAUUACUGUUGGCUGCAAAUCCAAUUCAGAUUGUCAACUAACGGAGUCUUGUGUAAAUGACCAAUGUGUAAAUCCUUGUAAUUGUGGUCCCAAUGCCGAAUGUCAAGUACGCAACCAUCAUCCUAUUUGCUACUGUAAACCUGGCUUCUCUGGUAAUGCUCAGUAUGGCUGCAUUCAAAUCGGAUGUCAAUCGGAUGAUGAAUGUUCUACUGAUCAACAAUGUGUUAACCGAGAAUGUGUGAAUCCUUGUUUGAUUAGCGAUCCUUGUGCUUUGAAUGCUGAAUGUUAUGGUCGCAACCACAGAGCAACCUGCCGUUGCCCUGUUGGUAUGCAAGGCGAUCCAUUCGUCCGUUGUGUACGCGUGGAAUGUAAUUCAGAUUACGAUUGUGCCUCCAAUCAAGCCUGUGUUAACAACUUGUGUAUUAAUCCGUGUCGCGACCAGGAUAACCCUUGUGCUCAAAAUGCUUUGUGCCAAGCUUUACAACAUCGUGCCGUUUGCAGAUGUCCCGAUCACUUACCUUUAGGUAAUCCUUAUGCUUAUUGUGAGCACCGACAAGAGGAACCUGUUUGCCGAGAUGAUGGCGAUUGUCCCAGUGGCCUGGCCUGUAUUGAUGUCAAAUGCCAGAAUCCUUGUAAGGAAUUAUCACCAUGCGCUCCCUCUGCUAAAUGUAGCGUCUUGGAUAGCGUUCCUGUGCGCACCAUGGUAUGUGAAUGUCCAUCAUCAUAUGUUCCAGAUGCCAGAGGAGAAUGCAAACAAUUAGUAUUACAAAGUCCUGGCUGUGUAGCAGAUUCCGAUUGCUCAGACCAAGAAGCCUGCAUCAACAGACAAUGUCGCAAUCCUUGUAACUGCGGAACGAAUGCAGUGUGCCAAAUAUCCAAUCAUCGUGCCAUUUGCUCUUGCCAAGAUGGCUUCGAAGGCAAUCCAUACACUUCCUGUAGGUCUAUUGGCUGUCGUGUGGACAGUGAAUGCGACUCCGGCAAGGCUUGUGUUAACAACAAUUGUAUUAAUCCUUGUUUGGUAAAUGAUCAUUGCGGUAUUAAUGCUGAGUGUUAUGUACAAUCCAAUAGAGCUCAAUGCAGAUGUAAGAGUGGUUAUAGAGGCAAUGCUUAUGAAAGAUGUCGCGUUAUUGGUUGUCAAUCGAAUAACGAUUGUCCUUCUGACAAAUUCUGUAUGAACGAACAAUGUGUUAAUCCUUGUGUCUAUCAAAAUACAUGCUCUUCCAGAGCUGAAUGUAGACCUCAAAAUCAUUUAGCUGUGUGCCGCUGUCCUGCAGGAUUCUUGGGUAAUCCUUAUGUAGACUGUAGACCGGAACCACAACCCACAUGUCGUCUAGAUACGGAUUGUCCUUCACGCUUGGCUUGUAUUAAUGACGAAUGUGUUGAUCCUUGCUUAGUUUUGGAACCAUGCAACAGACCAUCUCAAUGCGUGGUAACACCAACAUCACCAGUCAGAACAAUGAUUUGUGUGUGUCCCGAUGGCUACAUAAGUAGUGGCAGUGGCACUUGCAAACCUACAAAAACGGUCAUUGAAGUAGGCGGUUGCGUUGCUGACUCAGAUUGUCCAGCAGACAAAUCUUGUCUAAAUGGCGUAUGUCGCGAUCCUUGCAACUGUGGUAUCAACGCCGAGUGUCGCAUUAAAGACCACAAACCAGUUUGCACAUGUCGUCAAGGCUACGAAGGCAAUCCAGAAUUUGAAUGCUCUAAAGUGGAAUGUUCCAUCAACUCAGAUUGUCCUUCCACACAUACUUGCCGCAAUCAAUUAUGUAUACCAGCCUGUCAAGGUGAACAGUGUGGUCUUAACGCUCAGUGCUUGGCCGUCGAUCAUCGCGCCGUAUGUGAAUGUAUACCUGGCUUUAGAGGAAACGCUCGUGUAUCCUGUAAAACUUUAGGUUGUCGAGUCGAUGAUGAAUGUCCCACCAGCAAGGCUUGUGUCAAUGGUAAAUGUGAAAAUCCCUGCGAUACUACAGCAGCCUGUGCUAUUGACGAAGUUUGCAAAGUAUACCAACAUAAACCCCAAUGCGCUUGUCCACCUAACACAAUAGCCCGACGCAACGGUUGCGAACCUGUACGCGAUAUACCCAUUUGCCAAUAUGAUGGCGAUUGUCCAAGUCAAACAGCUUGUAUUCGCGGAGAAUGUAUCAAUCCUUGUAAUGCCACUCAGCCUUGCGGAGUCAAUGCUGAAUGUCGUGUUUUAGAUACAGUUCCCGUCAGAACCAUGAUCUGUGAAUGCUUAGAAGGUUAUACCGGAAACGCAGCUGUCCAGUGUGAUAAACGUUCAUUGUGUGUUAUUGAAAAGGGCUUUGUACGUGACAUCGACGGCCAAUGUGUUUGCCCUCCAGGCACUGCUCUAGAUGUCUAUGAAUACUGUACUCCCUGCUCACCGCAACAAGGCUUUAAGAUCGACGAGACCGGCCAUUGUAUUUGUGCUUUGGAGAGAGGUUUUGUUAUAGACGAGAGAGGACGCUGUAUUUGCCCUACCGAUCAUGGUUAUCGCCUAACAAAUAGCGGCGAAUGUAUACCUGAAGAUAAUCCCGAAUGUAACACCAAUGAAGACUGUGCCGACAACCGUUAUUGUAACACGGAAACCAAAACAUGUGAAGACCCUUGCUUGCUUAAGACUUGUGGCAUUAAUGCUUUCUGUAACACCAUAAACCAUCGUGCCCAAUGUCAAUGCAUUACCGGCUAUACUGGCAAUCCAGACACAAUAUGUAAUCACACCAACUUCCGCACAGACUUCCCAAGACCAGAUAUGGUAGUCAGCUGUUUAGCUGAUGGCGUUCAGGUGGAAAUACACAUUACCGAACCUGGCUUCAAUGGCGUACUUUACGUUAAGGGUCAUAGCAAGGAUGAAGAAUGUCGUCGUGUUGUCAACUUGGCUGGUGAGACUGUGCCACGCACCGAAAUAUUCCGCGUACACUUUGGCAGCUGUGGCAUGCAAGCCGUUAAGGAUAUUGCCAGCUUCGUUUUGGUCAUACAGAAACAUCCUAAACUUGUGACUUACAAGGCUCAAGCUUAUAACAUCAAGUGUGUCUAUCAAACAGGCGAAAAGAAUGUGACCUUAGGAUUUAAUGUAUCUAUGUUGACAACAGCCGGCACUAUUGCUAAUACCGGUCCACCACCUAUUUGUCAGAUGAGAAUCAUAACUCACGAGGGCGAAGAAAUUAAUUCCGCCGAAAUCGGUGACAAUCUUAAAUUACAAGUUGAUGUUGAACCAGCCACUAUUUAUGGAGGCUUUGCACGUUCAUGUAUUGCAAAGACAAUGGAGGAUAAUAUUGAAAACGAGUAUAUAGUCACAGAUGAAAACGGUUGUGCUACUGAUCCUUCCAUUUUCGGUGAAUGGGAAUAUAAUCCAGAUACCAACAGCUUGUUGGCCAAUUUCAAUGCCUUCAAAUUCCCCUCAUCCGACAAUAUACGUUUCCAAUGUAAUAUAAGAGUUUGCUUUGGCAAAUGUCAACCCGUCAAUUGCCGUGGCUACAAUGCUUUCGGUCGUCGAAGACGUCGUGCCAUUGCUGACAAUUCUACCGAUGAUGCCACCGCUAUUGCUACCAAUACGGGUAUGGAAGGACAGUUAAGAGAAGAAAUAACCAUAUCGUCCAAUGCUAUAUUGACAUUUGAAAAGAGAACAACAACGGGAGCUAAUGAUGCCAAUAUUAAACCGGCCGCUCAAAGAGUGGAAGAUAUUUGCGUAUCUAUGGUGGGUCUUAUCAUAGCUUUGGUUAUAACUGCCCUACUGGCAUUGGUUGCUGUGGCCGUGGCUGUAUCCUGCUGGCUAAUGGCCUAUCGCAGAAGACCCAAGACCUUAGCACCUUUGCCCCAUCCACCAGAGUUCCCAAAUCCCUUGUUUACCAACCCCGAAGCAGUGCCAGAACCCACACCAGACUACUUAUCGUAAGAUAUAAAACCUUAAUGUGAAAAUUUUAAAAUUAUAUUUAAAACAAAUUUAAAGACAAAAAAAAACUAGAAAUUUAAGAAUAUUAAAGAAAAAAAUUAAGAUUUGUAAAAAAUACCAAGUGCAAAAAGGUUUCAAACAAAUUUUAAACCCAAUGACUUAAACGAAAAACCUUUAAGGUUUAAAAACACGGAUAAAGAAAAACAAAAGUAUUUUAAAAAUCAAAAAAGUAAAUGAAACUAAAAUAAUUUUUGUAUAAAAUUUUUGGGAAAUUUAAACAUUUUUAUUUAAUAAUCUAAGAAAAUAUUUUUAGUAUAUAAAUAUAGAAUCCUUAAAAAAAAACUAACAUGAGAAUUUCAAAUAGUUUUUGCACAAAAACGUAAAAGUAAUGGCGUUUUUUUAAUUGUAUAGUAUUUUUAAAAACAAAAUAAAUUUUUAAUUAUAAUAAAAGUAGUUUAAUUUUCAAGUGAAAAAAUGAAACUAAUUUAAAAAACAAAACUGCCAAAGUUAAAUAACCAACACUGCUUAUAAGUUACAAAUAUAUAAAAAAAAGAAUGAAAAAGGGCACAAAGUUUAAGAAACGCUGAUUACUUUAAUAAUUUUUCACACAUACGUUUACAAAAAACUAUUCUGAAAUUCUCGUACUAACGACAACUUCUUCAUUAGUCACAAUUUCUUUAGUUUUGCUUUAUAUUUUUUUCUUUUGUUUCUAUUUUUGCAUUAUUAAAUAUUUAGAACUAGAAUUGCCCCUUGGGGUUUUACAGUUUACUUUUGUAUAUAGCACAGGAUUUAGACAAGCACACAUACAUACCUAUAAAAAACACACUUAAACACAUACUUUUACAGUUGUAGCAUUAUGCUAAAAACAAACACUUUUAAACUGCCAAUUAAACAAUGCAUAUGUAUAUUUGGAAAAUACUCCUUCUGAUUCCUUCUUUUCCCCCUUUUUGCAGUCCCUUUUUUAACAACCAGAAUAUAAGAGAUUAAAAAAAAAAAAAGAUUUUCUUGUUAUGUUUUUCUAAAUUCUUUUUUAAGAGAAUUUUUUAAAAAACUAAAAAUUUGUUGAAUUUUAUUAAGAAUCAGCCAUCUUCCAAACGAAAUUUUUCAAAAACAAAAAUGUACUUCACACUUUUAAAACACCAAAACACACACACACACACACCAUACUGAUUUCAAAGAAAAUCCUUAAACAAAAUCUUGGCACUCUAAAGGAACUGGUUAAGAAAAAACUGCAAAUUUACUUUUAUUUACAAUUUAUUUAUAAUAAUUUUUAAGGUUAUGUAAAUUAUUUUUUUUUUAUAAAUGACUAAUGGAGGAUUUGAUUAUAUUAAUAUUUUUUUUAAUUAACUUAAUAAAUAGUUGUUUUAUUUAAAGAUUUCCCUGAAAAUAAAAUCAAUAACUUGUUUUGCUAAAUAAUAAUUUAACAUUUUGUUCAGAAAAAUGUUCCAAUGUCUUCCUAACUUUCAACUU